AUGGCUGAAUCCACAGACCCUAAUUCAGAUAAUAUGAACACCCAAGAGGGUCAGAUAAUGUAAGUAAUAACGUUACCUCUUCUUUAUUCUGUUGUAUUUUUCUCUGCCUACACAUAUUUCUCAGAUAUAGAAAUGCACAUUUGGUAUGCUGUGAGAAACCAUUUGGGUUGAUUGAAUGUUGAAACCAAUGUCUUCCUCUUCACCAUAUUGAGCACCACCUAACCCAAACCUGUACCUUACCCUAAACCGGGUUCGUAUUCUAACCCCAAUCAUGUCCCUUACCCUAAACCGGGUUUGUAUCCAAACCCUACCCUCCCCUUACACUGAUAUGUCACUGUUUCCCUUCCUUGAGCUCACCCCUUGCAUUGUUCAUGUUGUUGUUUAGUCUGUUUUUUCAAGGCCUGUUUUUUUUCUUUCUACAAGUGACUUUGAGACCUUGAAAAGCACUAUAUUAUAAGUCCCAUGUAGUAUUAUUAUUAAUUAUGUUCCAUCUAGAUCUCUUCAGGAGAUCAAGUACCCAGUUUGGAAACAUUGUAUUUUGUUUCUUCACCAGCUGCCUCUCUGGGGAUGAUGGCUCCACUUGCAUUCCCAUCACAUCCAACAAUGUUGAAAUUGUAGCCAGUCGAGACUCAAGCAUUGACAGCAAGGCCCGUGGCAGCAACAAGGUAAGACUUAGAGGAAUGAAGACCCAGUGCAGUCAAUUCUAUUUUUCUUGUGUUUUGUAUCAUAUUUGUGCAAUAGCUGAUGAAACUAACACUGUAAAAGUGUCUACAUGUUAAUGUUUUUAAAUUGUAAAGUAUUUUUGUCAGUAAUGUAUUUUUCAUUGUGUCGGACCCCAGUAAAACUAGCUGUUGCCAUUGGCGUCGGCUAAUGGGGAUUCUAAUAAAAAGAACAAAAAUGUACUCAUCAGACAGUACUAGCAACAUUUUUUGCUUGAAUGUUUUUGCUAAAUACAUUUUGAUAAUGUUUUCCCCCAUUUUAAAUGGAAAACAAUUACACUGAGUUACACUACAUGGCCAAAAGUAUGUGGACACCUGCUCGUCGAACAUCUCAUUCCAGAAUCAUGGGCAUUAAUAUGGAGUUGAUCCCCCCCUUUGCUGCUGUAACAGCCUCCAGUCUUCUGGGAAGGCUUUCCACUAGAUGUUGGAACAUUGCUGCGUGGACUUGCUUCCAUUCAACCACAAGAGCAUUAGUGAGGUCGGGCACUGAUGUUGGGCGAUUAGGCCUGGCUCGAUUAGACCAUUAUUCCUCCUCCACCAAACUUUACAGGUGGCACUAUGCAUUCGGGCAGGUAGCAUUCUCCUGGCAUCCGUCAAACCCAGAUUUGUCAAUCGGACUGCCAGAUGGUGAAGCGUGAUUCAUCAUUCCAGAGAACGUGUUUCCACUGCUCCAGAGUCCAAUGGCGGCGAGUUUGACACCACUCCAGCCGACGCUUGGCAUUGCGCAUGGUGAUCUUAGGCUUGUGUGCGGCUGCUCGGCCAUGGAAACCCAUUUCAUGAAGCUCCCGACGAACAUUUCUUGUGCUGACGUUGCUUCCAGAGGCAGUUUGGAACUCGAUCAUGAGUGUUGCAACCGAGGAGAGACCAUUAUUACGCGCUACACGUUUCAGCACUCGGCAGUCCCGUUCUGUGAGCUUGUGUGGCCUACCACUUCACGGCUGAGCCGUUGUUGCUCCUAGACGUUUCCACUUCACAAUAAUAGCACUUAGUUGACCGGUGCAGCUCUAGCAGGGCAGAAAUAUGACUAACUGACUUGUUGUAAAGGCGGCAUCCUAUGACAGUGCCACGUUGAAAGUCACUGAGUUCUUCAGUAAGGCCAAUGUUUGUCUAUGGAGUUUGCAUGGCUGUGUGCUCAAUUUUAUACACCUGUCAACAACGGGUGUGGCUGAAAUUGCCGAAUCCACUAAUUUGAGGGGGUGUCCACAUACCCUUGGCUUAGUGUACUUAAUUGUUAGAGAAAUUAUUUAUUAUGGAGAUAAAAACGGCUGCACUGGGCAUUUUAACAUUUUGUUUUCCCUUUUCUGUCCUUGAGAACAUGGAAAGGCCCCUGGCAGAAACACCAGGGUGACUACACCAACAUUCACAGACGAAAACAAUGGAAAGCUAGUUAUUUUAGGCAAAGGGUGGCUGUAUCUCAAGUCCUGAUAUCGCUAGGUAGCUAAGCAAUUAAUUACAGAGCAGUCUACUGUGUUGAGCUUACUACCAUUGUUUGGAUAUCUGUCCUCAUGUUAACCUAAUGCAAUAUUUUCUUGACUCGUCGAUGUUGCUCUCUGUAGGUAUAUGGGUCCCUAAUCUUUACUCUUUCUCCUGUUCCAUGCAGGUAAAAAUCCAGCCUGUCGCCAAGUACGACUGGGAGCACAAGCAUUACUACGGCAACCUGAUAGCAGUCUCUAACUCAUACCUGGCAUAUGCCAUCCGAGGUGAGUGUAGAACCAUGGAUUAGCAAUUAUUUUGACAAAUUUGUGAGUCCUUUCCAGGCCAAUGUCUGUGAUAUUCUGGAAGUCUAGUUGAAUAUUUAUUUGGCUGAACCAGGCAGUGCAGCGAUGGAUUGCUGCAAUGUCAGCAGCAAAUUUACCCCAAAUCAGUUUUGCCUCAUAAUUUAAGCACUUGCUCUGGUGAAAGAAAAUCAAGAUUGAUAACACAAAUAGCUUACUCUGACCGUAUGUCCCCAUUCAGAUUUGAAUGCCUUGGAAACCACAAACGCCUCCUUUUGAUUGACAAAAUAUACACUAUAUAUACAAAGGUAUGUGGACACCCCUUCAAAUUAGUGGAUUUGGCUAUUUCAGCCACACACGUUGCUGACAGGUAAACAAAAUCGAGCACACAGCCAUGCAAUCUCCAUAGACAAACAUUGGCAGUAGAAUGGCCCGUACUGAAGAGCUCAGUGACUUUCAACGUGGCACCGUCAUAGGAUGCCACCUUUCCAACAAGUCAGUUAAUGAAAUUUCUGCCCUGCUAGAGCUGCCCCGGUCAACUGUAAGUGCUGUUUUUGUGAAGUGGAAACAUCUAGGAGCAACAACGUCACAGCCGCAAAGUGGUAGGCCACACAAGCUCACAGAACGGGACUGCCGAGUGCUGAAGCACGUAGCGCAUAAAAUCGUCUGUCCUCGGUUGCAACGCUCACUACCAAGUUCCAAACUACCUCUGGAAGCAACGUCAGCACAAUAACUGUUUGUCGGGAGCUUCAUGAAAUGGGUUUCCAUGGCUGAGCAGCAGCACACAAGCCUAAGAUCACCAUGCGCAAUGUCAAGCGUCGGCUGUAGUGGUGUAAAGCUCGCCGCCAUUGGACUCAGGAGCAGUGGAAAUGGGUUCUCUGGGGUGAUGAAUCACGCUUCACCAUCUGGCAGUCCGAUGGACGAAUCUGGGUUUGGCGGAUGCUAGGAGAACGCUACCUGUCCGACUGCAUAUUACGAACUGUAAAGUUUGGAAGAGGAAUAAUGGUCUGGAGCUGUUUUUCAUGGUUCUGGCUAGGCUCCUUACUUCUAGUGAAGGGAAAUCUUAACGCUACAGCAUACAAUGACAUUCUAGACGAUUCUGUGCUUCCAACUUUGUGGCAACAGUUUGGGGAAGGCCCUUUCCUGUUUCAACAUGACAAUUCCCCCGUGCACACAGCGAAGUCCGUACAGAAAUGGUUUGUCGAGAUCAUGUGGAAGAACUUGACUGGCCUGCGCAGAGAACUGACCUCAACCCCAUCAACCACCUUUUGGAUGAAUUGGAACCAGGCCUAAUCGCCCAACGUCAGUGGCCGACCUCACUAUUGCUCUUGGGGCUGAAUGGACGCAAGUCCCCGCAGCAAUUUUCCAACAUCUAGUGGAAAGCCUUCUGAGAAGAGUGGAGACUGUUAUAAUAGCAAAGGGGGGACCAACUCCACAUUAAUGCUCAUGAUUUUUGACAACCAGGUGUCCACAAACUUUUGGUCAUAUAGUGUAGCUUUCUGCUAGCCAAAAAAGCAGCAAAAAAGAUGCAUGGUGUUGUUGCCAAGUUUACAUGAACAUGUACUUUUUUGUUUGAUUAACAGUGGAGACUGAACUCUUUUUAAAUAUUUUUUCUGCAUUUGGCUGUGUGAGUUAGGGUUGGGCUAUGUCCUAUCGCGAUUAUGUACCCAUAAAACAUUGAUAUACGAUGCGAUUGCCCCUAUUGGCCACCUCACACGCAUGUUUUUUGUUAAAAAAUAAAGACAGUUAGCCUAUAGCGUGAAAUCGAAUGCAACAUCAUGACGAAAGAUAAUGUUGUGGAAAGCCUGGGCAGAGGUUAAGUGCAGGUAAUGGCAAGUCUUUUCUAAUAUUCCUUUCUGGUGGAGGAACAUAACCUGUGUGUGUGUCUUUGUUGCGCACACAUGAUUGAGCAGUCAUUGUCUGAUAAUGUAAGUAAUAGUGUGCAGUGUGAUUGCGAUUGCAUCGUCUGUGGAUCUAUUGGGGCGGUAAGCAAAUUGAAGUGGGUCUAGGGUGACAGGUAAGGUAGAGGUGAUAUGAUCCUUCACUAGUCUCUCAAAGCACUUCAUGAUGACAGAAGUGAGUGCUACGGGGCAAUAGUCAUUUAGUUCAGUUACCUUUUGCUUUCUUGGGUACAGGAACAAUGAUGUCCAUCUUGAAUCAUGUGGGGACAGCAGACUGGGAUAGGGAGAGAUUGAAUAUGUCCAUAAACACACCAGCCAGCUGGUCUGCGCAUGCUCUGAGGACGAGGCUAGGGAUGCUGUCUGGGCCGGCAGUCUUGCAGGGGUUAACCUGUUUAAAUGUCUCACUCACGUCGGCUACGGAGAAGGAGCCCACAGUCCUUGGUAGUGGGCUGCGUCGGUGGCACUGUGUUAUCCUCAAAGCGGGCGAAGAAGGUGUUUAGCUUGUCUGGAAGCGAGACAUCGGUGUCGGCGACGUGGCUGGUUUUCGUUUUGUAGUCCGUGAUUGUCUGUAGACUCUGCCACAUACGUCUUGUGUCUGAGCCAUUGAAUUGCGACUCCACUUUGUCUCUAUACUGAUGUUUUGCCAGUUUAAUUGCCCUGCGAGGUGAGUAGCUACACUGUUUGUAUUCUGCCAUAUUCCCAGUCACCUUGCAAUGGUUAAAUGCGGUGGUUUGCGCUUUGAAUUUUGCAUAAAUGCUGCCAUCUAUCCACGGUUUCUGAUUAGUGUAGGUUUUAAUAGUCACAGUGGGCACAACAUCUCCUAUACACUUCCUGAUAAACUCAGUCAACGUUUCAAUGUAUUCGCAAGCUACCCGGAACAUAUCCCAGUCCGCGUGAUCAAAACAAUCUUUAGUCAGACCAGCGUUGAAUAGUCCUUAGCACGGGUACAGGUGUGCCAAGCUUGUAUCAUCAUACCCAAGAAGACUCAAGGCUGUAAUCUCUGCCAAAGGUGCUUCAACAAAGUACUGAGUAAAGUGUCUGAAUACUUAUGUACAUGUGCUUUCUUUAAUACAUUUUCAAAAAUUUCAAUAAACCUGUUUUAGCUUUGUCUUUAUAGGGUAUUGUGCAGGGGCGGCCUGUUCAAUAGGGCGAUAUGGGCGACGCACUGCCAAACGGGAAAAGGAAGGGAUUUUUUUUCUAAUCAAUUAUAUCACGGCAACAGUAGUUAUCAGUGUUGUAAUCUAUACGUCUGAUCUGCCACAGUGCCACACUGCCACUAAAUGUCGAAUCAGGCUAAAGUCGUGCUUCAAAUGGCUCCCCCCCCUUUUGGGGCGAUUUCAGUCAGAUUGAAAAUCGCCCAGAAGUCUGUCAUAGACUCCCAUGUAAAAUCUAUUUUUUUCAAAUUUCAGAGCCUUCAAUACAAUCUCAAUGGGUGUCUGUGGGCUUGCACUUACGCGCUUUCGUCAUACGUUACGUAACCAUGAACGUAACUGAGAAAAGAGUGGAUUGUUUGAAAGAAGUUCCUUUUUGUCGGCGAACAAAUGAAGAUAAAUUGGCAACGAAACAAUUAGGACCUCACAGACCAAAUUUAAUAAUUCAACAGGUUUCUACUAAAGGCGGAAAGUCCUACACCCGAGGAUUUUCCAAAAAUUAGUACGAACGAAAAAAGACAUUGCCACUCACUCAACUGGAUGACGAGGGAUACAGGCUAGCUGUCCGCCGCCACAACGAUGAGGUUAGUGUUGAUAAUCACAAGUUUACUGGAGAACCAACUGAGACCAAGUAGAGACUUUGGACAGGGUGGAUAUGGUGUAAUAAAGGCAGUUUAUUCAGAGGUAAAUAUAUCUGGAAUCGCGUUCACGGACCCGUUCGUCAAACUCUUAGGGAGCUAUAAAUUAAGCCCCAUUACUUACCAUAUCAGAUAAGAGAAAUUGCUGCAGCUACAUAUAUUUUACAUCCUGGCCCUACAUAGUUCACUAUUUGCAUCACUUACCAAAAUAUUACAUGUGGUCAUAUAUGCUUGGAAAGUGGAGAUGCCAUAGAACGUCAAAAAAGUAAACAUUGCUGGAGACACAUUGCCGUUUUGGAGAAGACAUCGCGUUUGCUAGCGAAGAGAUUUGUUGUGGCAAAUGAACUUGGGCUGGGAAUUGCCAGGAACCUCACGAUAAGAUAUAUGCAUCAGCAUUGCGAGUCUCAUGAUUCUAUACGUAUUGCGAUUCGAUACUGUGAUUUUAUUGCGCACCAUAUGUCUGUUGCAGAGGGAUCAGAAAGCCAUGAGAACGAGUUUUGAUCAGUCAUGGAAAUAAAAGUGCUGAAAACAAAUUGGCUCCCAAUGUGAAAAGAUUGAGAACAAGCUAUGAAGGAACAAUAAUGGUGUUUUGGUGCAGGUACAGCCAACUAGCGCUAAAAUAUUGCGAUAUUGUCAAUACAGUAUAUCGUAAAGUAUCACUAUGUAACUCGAUUUCUUUCACCCCAAUCCCUCAAAUUAACGGUAAAUAACUGAAUUGUUUGCCCCACAUUUAGCUAAGAUGAUUAGCUAGCCAGCUAAAAUGUUUUAUUUAGUUAGCAGUCGCAUCUACAAUAGUUUACUGUCAAUAACAUGUCUCCAAAAAUGACGUGGUGUCUCCAAUUGUGUUGACAUUUUACAAUUGCAAUGCGCAUCCAUGAGUAUCCACUUUCUGUAGCUCAGCUGGUAGAGCAUGGUGCUUGUAACGCCAAGGUAGUGGGUUCGAUCCCCGGGACCACCCAUACACAAAAAUGUAUGCACGCAUGACUGUAAGUCGCUUUGGAUAAAAGCGUCUGCUAAAUGGCAUAUUAUUAUUAUUAUUAUUAUUAUUAUUAUUAUUAUUAUUAUUAUCUGAAGAGAGCCCCGAAACAUUGUGUGCAGACAUUUUAUGCAAUAAAUGAAGUAGGUUCAAUCUAGUAGUUCUGAUCUUCUGAUUGGUCCUGAUGAGUUGGGCGAGGUCCCCUCCAGGCUACUGUCACUGUUGCAUUGGCUCUGAGUCGGGUUCUCUGUCUUCAAAUGUUCAGCCUAAGAGAGGGGAUUUUUGUGUGUGUGUGUGUGUGUGUGUGUUUAACAGUGAUGAUGUGUGUGUGUGUGUGUGUGUUUAACAGUGAUGAUGUGUGUGUUUGUGUGUGUGUGUGUCCUCAGAGCAAGAACUCGUGAGUUGGAAGAACUGAGAGGCCUAUGGCGUGGGUGUUGUCCUUGGCCACCUGCUGACAAGGCUGACAAGAUAGGACCCUUUUGUCCAUUGUUAUUGGAUAGGAACAGAACUUAUAACCAGCUCCUGACCUAAAUAGAUCUUAGCACAACAUUUUACUCAACAUAUCAUAUUCCAUAUUCACUAUAACAAAUAUAUUUACUACGACAUUAGCAAGAACCGCCACAUCCUCAGCCGGCUAAUCCAGUGUGUGAAGUUUUGCGGAGUGUUUGAGUUAGCUUUGCGAGGCAAAGAUGAAACUGAGGGCUCCACCAACCCUGGUAAGCCAACACUUUUGAGAUCAGUCAAUAAAUGCUUCUGGUAUUGACUUAUAUGCUGCCCCUGUCUUCAUGUUGUUGCUGGACAUAUCUUUUUUUAAAUGUGUGUAGGUCACCUAAAUCAUCAGAAAAAUUGCCCCUCCUGAGAAUUUUUUCAGGAGCCGCCACUGGUAUUGUGUGUAGAUUGAAGAGUGGGGAAAACAUAAUAUUUAAUCCAUUUUAGAAUAAGGCUGUAACAUAACAACAUGUUGAAAAGGUCAAGGGGUCUGAAUACUUUCCGAAUGCACUGUAUACAGUGAGGGGGAAAAAAGUAUUUGAUCCCCUGCUGAUUUUGUACGUUUGCCCACUGACAAAAACAUGAUCAGUCUAUACUUUUAAUGGUAGGUUUAUUUGAACAGUGAGAGACAGAAUAACAACAAAAGAAUCCAGAAAAAUGCAUGUCCAAAAUGUUAUAAAUUGAUUUGCAUUUUAAUGAGGGAAAUAAGUAUUUGACCCCUCUGCAAAACAUGACUUAGUACUUGGUGGCAAAACCCUUGUUGGCAGUCAGUGGUCAGACGUUUCUUGUAGUUGGCCACCAGGUUUGCAAACAUCUCAGGAGGGAUUUUGUCCUACUCCACUUUGCAGAUCUUCGUCCCUUUGAUGCGGUGAAGUUGUCCUGUCCCCUUAGCAGAAAAACAAACAUCCGCUAACAAUAACUCAAGCCUGUCUAUACACUUUGCUACUCAGUCAUUGAAGCUGCAAUGCUGGAUGCAGCGCAAGGGGAGAAGCGCAUUUCAUGGCUUAUAAAAGUGACAGUAGUGAAUAAAGUUAAACAUGAACUCAGUCAUAAAAAACGGCUUGGUUUUAGUCAUGGUUUUACACGUUUUGAAAUCACAGUAUCAACUUCAUUUGCUGUGUGCUGGAGGAAGCUGCAGACAGACACACAGUGAUCUGAGCAAUCUGAUUGGCUAUGUGUUAUUUCAUAGUUUUGAUGUCUUCACUAUUAUUCUACAGUCGUGGUCAAACGUUUUGAGAAUGACACAAAUACUAAAUUUCACAAAGUCUGCUGCCUCAGUUUUGAUGAUGGCAAUUUGCAUAUACUCCAGAAUGUCAUGAAGAGUGAUCAGAUGAAUUGCAAUUAAUUGCCAGGUCCCUCUUUGCCAUGAAAAUGAACUUAAUCCCCCAAAAACAUUUCCACUGCAUUUCAGCCCUGCCACAAAAGGACCAGCUGCCAUCAUGUCAGUGAUUCUCUCGUUAACACAGGUGAGAGUGUUGACGAGGACAAGGCUGGAGAUCACUCUGUCAUGCUGAUUGAGUUAGAAUAACAGACUGGAAGCUUUAAAAGGAGGGUGGUGCUUGAAAUCAUUGUUCUUCCUGUGUUAACCAUGGUUACAUGCAAGGAAACACGUGCCGUCAUCAUUGCUUUGCACAAAAAGGACUUCACAGGCAAGGAUAUUGCUGCUAGUAAGACUGCACCUAAAUCAACCGUUUAUCGGAUCAAGAACUUCAAGGAGAGAGGUUCAAUUGUUGUGAAGAAGGCGUCAGGGCGCCCAAGAAAGUCCAGCAAGCGCCAGGACCGUUUCCUAAAGUUGAUUCAGCUGCGGGAUUGGGGCACCACCAGUGCAGAGCUUGCUCAGGAAUGGCGGCAGGCAGGUGUGAGUGCAUCUGCACGCACAGUGAGGCGAAGGCCUUUGGAGGAUGGCCUGGUGUCAAGAAGGGCAGCAAAGAAGCCACUUCUCUCCAAGAAAAACAUCAGGAACAGACUGAUUUUCUGCAAAAGGUACAGGGAUUGGACUGCUGAGGACUGGGGUAAAGUCAUUUUCUCAUUUUGAAUCCCCUUUCCGAUUGUUUGGGGCAUCCGGAAAACACCUUGUCCGGAGAAGACAAGGUGAGCUCUACCAUCAGUCCUGUGUCAUGCCAACAGUAAAGCAUCCUGAGACCAUUCAUGUGUGUGGUUGCUUCUCAACCAAGGGAGUGGGCUCACUCACAAUCUUGCCUAAACACAGCCAUGAAUAAAGAAUGGUACCAACACAUCCUCCAAGAGCAACUUUUCCCAACCAUCCAAGAACAGUUUGAUGACGACCAAUGCCUUUUCCAGCAUGAUGGAGCACCUUGUCAUAAGGCAAAAGUGAUAACUAAAUGGCUCGUGGAACAAAACAUCAACAUUUUGGGUCCAUGGCCAGGAAGCUCUCCAGACCUUAAUCCCAUUGAGAACUUGCGGUCGAUCCUCAAGAGGUGGGUGGACAAACAACAACUCACAAAUUCUGACAAACUCCAAGCAUUGAUUAUGCAAGAAUGGGCUGCCAUUAGUCAGGAUGUGGCCCAGAAGUUAAUUGACAGCAUGCCAGGGCGGAUUGCAGAGGUCUUGAAAAAGAAGGGUCAACACUGCAAAUAUUGACUCUUUGCAUAAACUUAAUGUAAUUGUCAAUAAAAGCCUUUGACACUUAUGGAAUGCUUGUAAUUAUACUUCAGUAUACCAUAGUAACAUCUGACAAAAAUAUAUGAUAACACUGAAGCAGCGAACUGUGUGAAGACCAAUACUUGUCAUUCUCAAAACUUUUGACCACGACUGUACAAUGUAGAAAAUAUUACAAUAAAGGAAAAACCCUUGAAUGAGUAGGUACAGUGGGGAAAAAAGUAUUUAGUCAGCCACCAAUUGUGCAAGUUCUCCCACUUAAAAAGAUGAGAGAGGCCUGUAAUUUUCAUCAUAGGUACACGUCAACUAUGACAGACAAAUUGAGAGAGAAAAAUCCAGAAAAUCACAUUGUAGGAUUUUUUAUGAAUUUAUUUGCAAAUUAUGGUGGAAAAUAAGUAUUUGGUCACCUACAAACAAGCAAGAUUUCUGGCUCUCACAGACCUGUAACUUCUUCUUUAAGAGGCUCCUCUGUCCUCCACUCGUUACCUGUAUUAAUGGCACCUGUUUGAACUUGUUAUCAGUAUAAAAUACACCUGUCCACAACCUCAAACAGUCACACUCCAAACUCCACUAUGGCCAAGACCAAAGAGCUGUCAAAGGACACCAGAAACAAAAUUGUAGACCUGUACCAGGCUGGGAAGACUGAAUCUGCAAUAGGUAAGCAGCUUGGUUUGAAGAAAUCAACUGUGGGAGCAAUUAUUAGGAAAUGGAAGACAUACAAGACCACUGAUAAUCUCCCUCUAUCUGGGGCUCCACGCAAGAUCUCACCCCGUGGGGUCAAAAUGAUCACAAGAACGGUGAGCAAAAAUCCCAGAACCACACGGGGGUCCUAGUGAAUGACCUGCAGUGAGCUGGGACCAAAUUAACAAAGCCUACCAUCAGUAACACACUACGCCGCCAGGGACUCAAAUCCUGCAGUGCCAGACGUGUCCCCCUGCUUAAGCCAGUACAUGUCCAGGCCCGUCUGAAGUUUGCUAGAGUGCAUUUGGAUGAUCCAGAAGAGGAUUGGGAGAAUGUCAUAUGGUCAGAUGAAACCAAAAUAUAACUUUUUGGUAAAAACUCAACUCGUCGUGUUUGGAGGACAAAGAAUGCUGAGUUGCAUCCAAAGAACACCAUACCUACUGUGAAGCAUGGGGGUGGAAACAUCAUGCUUUGGGGCUGUUUUUCUGCAAAGGGACCAGGACGACUUAUCCGUGUAAAGGAAAGAAUGAAUGGGGCCAUGUAUCGUGAGAUUUUGAGUGAAAACCUCCCAUCAGCAAGGGCAUUGAAGAUGAAACGUGGCUGGGUCUUUCAGCAUGACAAUGAUCCCAAACACACCGCCCGGGCAACGAAGGAGUGGCUUCGUAAGAAGCAUUUCAAGGUCCUGGAGUGGCCUAGCCAGUCUCCAGAUCUCAACCCCAUAGAAAAUCUUUGGAGGGAGUUGAAAGUCCAUGUUGCCCAGCGACAGCCCCAAAACAUCACUGCUCUAGAGGAGAUAUGCAUGGAGGAAUGGGCCAAAAUACCAGCAACAGUGUGUGAAAACCUUGUGAAGACUUACAGAAAACGUUUGACCUGUGUCAUUGCCAACAAAGGGUAUAUAACAAAGUAUUGAGAAACUUUUGUUAUUGACCAAAUAACUAUUUUCCACCAUAAUUUGCAAAUAAAUUCAUUAAAAAUCCUACAAUGUGAUUUUCUGGAUUUUUUUCCCUCAAUUUGUCUGUCAUAGUUGACGUGUACCUAUGAUGAAAAUUACAGGCCUCUCUCUUUUUAAGUGGGAGAACUUGCACAAUUGGUGGCUGACUAAAUACUUUUUUUCCCCACUGUAUGUCAACUUUUGACUGUGACUAUAUAUAUAUAUAUAUAUAUAUAUAUAUAUAUAUAUAUAUAUAUAUAUUUAUUUAUUUAUUUAUUUAUUUAUUUAAUCCAGCUGGAUAAACACUCAAACAGCCUAUCCGACCGCUCGGAGGCGUCCGCAUGGUCAUAAGGCCCCGUGUAGCUCAGUUGGUAGAGCAUGGCGUUUGCAACGGCAGGGUUGUGGGUUCGAUUUCCACGGGGGGCCAGUAUGAAAAAUGUAUGCACUCACUAACUGUAAGUCAAAAUAUUUUGCGAUCGGCUAGGAAUGCCUUGGAGAUCGACCAGUCAAUCGUGAUCAACAAAAACAUUUCUGUAACGACGGGGCCCCCACGUUUUGUUACAGCAAACUGGGUACUAUGUCAGCCAUUGCUGGAGCCCUCUGUGCCCGUAAGGAGGCCGGGCUUCAUGCAGGCUAUACAGUCUCACAGAAGCACAAUGUGUGUUGGUAGCUUGUCCAUGUUUAUUGGCCCUCUGGUACCCCGCAUUUCAUGGGGUUCAAGGGGUAUAUCAAUCUCCCCCGGGUGGAAUGUAAUACAUUGGGCAAAUCACUCUGUCUACAAGGGUGCACCCCUCCCCAUAAGUGGCUCAUUACUGGGAUUCAUUGCUGAAUCUUGCCUGUAGCUCACUAGUCCCAAGAAGGUGUCUAGUGAUACAGGCUAUGGGCCCUGUAGGCGAUUGGGGGUUGGUAGCGGAGUCAAGGGAGCAUGCAGGGUUGGACACGGCCAUGCUAUUAUCCCGCAGAGUCUCUGUGGUGUAUAUGAACCCUGAAAUUAGUAGUCUUUCUCCAGCUCAGCACUUUUCAUUCCUAGGAAUUAGAUUACGAAUCUCCCCUGUCUCUUACCACAGAAGAGGCCCAUUUGUCAGAGCUGUCUGUCCCAUUCCCAGCUAGGUUCCACGGCUCUUUGUCGCCAGCACUUAUGACUGGUCAGUAGGGUAACUUCCAUGGUAAUGUUUAAUUUCCUGGGUCUAUUUUUAAUGCGUGGGUCCCAGCACUGCGGGCAAUACUUGAGUAAAGAUGCCUUCAUAGAAAGAGUAAAAGUGAAAGUCGCCAAGUAAAAUACUACUUGAGUAUUAGGUUGUAAAUAUACUUAAGUAUCAAAAGGUGGCACUGCCAAUCGGGGUACGUCACUGAUCGACGGUGCCCUUGUACCCAUAGUGUGCCGGGCUUUAGGCAAACCUUGGUACAUAAACCUUUUUAUUUUCAACAGCAAGUUCCACAGUUUUCACGGGUGUCAAGUGUUCUCUCCCGCAUGUGAGUUCGAUGAACAGGACACACUGAGCGCACCCCGAGUAGGCGAUAGCAUUGUCGAAUCAUACCAACUUUGUAACGACAGUCAAACAAAAGUCAUAUGACCAAAGUUGCUAACCUUGCUAGAUACCGUUUGUUGAUCACACAGGCCGUGUCUAGACUUGACAGUUCUUGCAGCCUUAGUAUUCCGAUCAUGGAAUUCCGAACAUGUCAUGCAUUUACACCUAUAGUUAAAUGUGUCUACUGUGUCCGGAUUCCCUCUUCCCACGCUAUAUUCAAAUGCCAGUAGGGCCUAUGCAUUCUACAAACGGUGGAGUAGGCAAAAUAUGAUCACUCAACAACUGAUGGCAGUAGCGAACUACUGUAGGUAGCUAGCCAGCUAACCUCUGUAGCUAGCUAGCAAGCAACGCUAAAGGGAUUGCAAACAGGUUAGCAUAACUCUAGCCAACUCAAAAAUGGUUUCUCUAAAUAUUAGCUAGCUGGCUAGCAUUUAUGAGGCCAGCAAACACGUUCCUCACAGGCUUGGAAAGUAUUUCCUCCAGUGUUAUAAUGAAAAGGUGCCUCGGUCCCAAAACACAAGUUUUCUGGAGACAUGUGGAAGGAGUGCUGAUGACGUCGCCCACUGUAUGCUCUUUCGGUAGCCUGAUUGCGUUCAGUGGUAUUGGGACGAUAGGAAAAUAGCCUAGGCUCUAUAUAUGGCCACUACGUGAGUCAAUAGAUAAGUAAUUUACUUGAUUUAGGCUACAUUGUUGCAUGCUGAAUGUUUCUGAUCAGCGAUAGAUUAGCAAACGAAUAAAUGAGCUACCACUUCCACUUGUCCAGCCAGAAAUCAAUUAACCAAAUAACAGACGGAGAUUCAGUGAAACAAAAUCACUGAUUGAUUAUCAGACAAGUCACAGGCUUUUGGUCGAAGAACAAAAUCCACUUGUAUAACAUGCUAGCAAAAUGUUCUGAUCAGCUAAUAUAUGAGCAAACUAGAAUAAAGGUGAACAUUAGCGCUCACUUUUAUUUAGCUAACAUGUCUGCAGCCUAAUUCUUACCAAAUAUCCAAACGAAGAUUGAUUGAAAACAAAAGUUGGACAUUGAUUCAUCUAGAAGAGUCCCCCACGCUUGUCUCAAAGCAGUGCGAUGGCGCUGUCCCAAUCAAAACGGUGCUGAAAUGAUUAUCUUGGUGUCCACACACACAACUAUUGCUUUAAAUUAGAAUAAUGGUUGGAUAUGACUUGGGAGUUUCAGUAUCAGCAAGAACUUGAUACAUGCCUUCAAUUGCAAUUAUUUUAAUCAUUCAGUUGAUCAUAACUAAGAUUAGUUUUCCUCUCUCUGCGCUUUUUCUAGGCCCAAUGGCUGUUUCUUAUAAUAAUAAUAAUAAUAAUAAUAAUAAUAAUAUGCCAUUUAGCAGACGCUUUUAUCCAAAGCGACUGACAGUCAUGCGUGCAUACAUUUUUGUGUAUGGGUGGUCCCGGGGAUCGAACCCACUACCUUGGCGUUACAAGCGCCGUGCUCUACCAGCUGAGCUACAGAGGAUCUCUUCACUCCGCUGCCGCCUGCCUCGCUGAGUUGUUCUCAACACCAGUUUUAAAUCAACAGCCUACUGUUUUCAAGAAAUCUGGCUUUUUAAGAAACAUUUAUGUAGUUCUGUCCUUGAGCUGUUCUUGUCUAUUAAUGUUCUGCAUUAUGUCAUGUUUUGUGUGGACCCCAAGGAAGAGUAGCUGCUGCUUUUGCAACAGCUAAUGGGGAUCCGAAUAAAAUACCAAAUAUCCUCCCAUCUCCAGAAGCAGGCAAUCCGAGUGGUUCCUUUUGUUGAAGAUCCAGGACAGCUGGUAUAGCCGGUAUUUCAUGGUUCCGAAAAGGGACUGGACUUUGCGUCCCAUUCUAGACCUACGUGCCCUCAGCAAGCACCUCAGUCUACGAACUCUGAAUGCUCACGAGCCGCUGGCUUUUACAGCCAAUUGGCUUGUGGCGGCGGAGUCUAGGGGGCAAGAAGUGUUCCACACAUCAAUGCUACUGUCCCGUAGUCUGUUUCUAGGCUAUUUAAGAAAUCAGAAAAAUAUGUCUGACUCCAUCUCAGCGUGUGCCAUUUCUGGGUCAUGAGCUCACUCACGUAUCACGCUUUUCUAUCCCAACGGAGGGGUUUCCUUGUUCCGGCUCUGCUUAGUCAAAUUUUGGCUGUAUCACACAGUCCGUUUUCGCCAGUGCCUUACUGGGGAUGAUGACUUCUGUGAUGGAAGUCGUUCCCGUAGGGCUAUUGUUGAUGCGGCCUUUCCAACGCUGAGUGCUAGCCACUCAACCUGGAUGCAUCUCGCAGCCUAAGCCGGUCGCUUCAGGUGUCCCUGUCGCCCACAGGCCAUGGCCCAGUGGUGGGACCCUCUGCUAUUGUCAGGGGGCUCCCAUGGGCAGACUUGUAUCCCGCAAGGUGAUCUCAACUGGUGAUCUUUUAUCCAGGUGGAACCCUCUCUCUCAGGAGUGGAGGCUACACCUCUGGGUGGUCUCCCAGGUAUGGGACAUUUUCUGCAGGGCCGACGUAGAUCUUUACACAUCGCGAGAAUACACGCAGUGUUGUCUAUUUUUCUCAAUGAGGUAGCCAAGUGCCUCGUUGGGAAAGGACACUGGCGCACCAGUGGCAUCGGACCCUCCUUUACACGAUUCCGCCGGUGGUUCUGAUUCAGCCCAUGGCUUAUCAUUGAUUCUUGUGGCUCCCCGUUGGCCUAGGCAGCCUUGUUUCGUGGAGAUCAUCUGCCUUUUAGGCGGGGACACGUUGCAAAUCACAUUGCGCAGGGACCUGUUGUCCCAGACGCACAGGCAGGUUUGGCAAGCGAGGCCAGAGAUUUUGGUUCCUAUGUGCCUGGCCCUUGAGUGGGCCAAUCUGAUAGUUUUACCUCUGAAUGUUAUUGCUACCAUUCAGUCUCCAAGGGCGCCUUCCACGAGAGGGCUGUAUGCAGUUAAGUGGCAAGCGUUUUAACUCUGGUGCCAAGAUAAAGGACUUCAUCCUUGUCAGUGCUAUGUGAGGGACAUCCUUAUGUUCCUACAAUACUUUUCGAGCAGGGGCGGGCAUUCUCUAGGUUAAAAGUAUACAUGGCCGCAAUCUCAGCGUGUCAUGUGGGAAUUCACGGAGCCUCACCCGGGGGCCCACACCCUGGUUAUGAGGUUCUUGAAAGGUGUACGUUGUCUCGGACAGGUCUCCAUACCUAUUGCGCACACAUGGGCUUGGAGCUGGUUUGAAGGCACUGUGUGUGGCCCCCUUGAGCAUCUGGAAUUGCUGGAUCUGAAGAUCCUCCUCUACAAAACCUCCCUGCUCAUGACUUUGGCCUCGGCUAAACGUGUUGGGGACCUGCGUGUUAUCUGGUAUCCUAUUCGCCCCAGGCGACUGUAAGGUGACGUUGCAUCCAAAUGCGGCCACCGCCCCGAAAGUAAUGGCUAUGUCCUACAGGUCCUUAGCUUUUGAGCUAUUUCCCUUUAUCACCGCCUCUUGGGCUUUGUUUAAAGGGUUGACUAUAGGAUAGAUUUGUGCUGCGGCGAGUUGGGCGUCACCACACACUUUUGUGAGGUUUUAUUGCUAGGAUGUCACUGCUACCAGUGUAGCCCACAGGGUGCUUACGGCUGGGACAGGGGAAAGUCACUAGGCAGCGCGCCGUGUGCGCAGUACCCAGACUGCCACAUUUGGCGGGGUCAGGUCUUGGUGGUCUACCAUGGGCUGUUUUCAUUUAGUAUCUGUUGGGGUCGGCUUGGGGCGUGAUCAUAUUCCCCGCAUAGUAUGUUGUACCGAAGUUGAUGUAAUGUCUGACUAUAACUUCUGUUCCCUUAAGGAGGGAAAUAAGGUACAACACCGGUUUGGCCCCGCGUCGCCUGUUCCUGGGCUCGGUGAAGAGCGGUAUUCAAUUUAAGAAAUUAAUCCAAGCUUCAAGCUUGUCUUCUGUGGAUGGCGGGGCUUCCAGCAAAGCACAUAUUUCAUUGGGCUUGUCAGGUGUGAUUGUAGAUCUUUCAACAGAAGUCACGAGAGUGCGACUCACCGUAGCUUGUUGUACCUUUUUUCCUUCCUUCAGGGAACAGUAGUUACAGUCAUAACGUUACGUUCUCUCAUUAUUAAUCCUCUGGCUACCUUAAAUUUUUAGGCUAUUAAAAUAACUUUUUGAGAUGGAAUUCUGUUACAUUCAUUGUUUCAUCGUGAGAAAGCAUGCAUAAAACGAUGAAGCGUAGCCUUCAGUCAUAUUCAUAGAAUGGAGAGAGAGAGAAGGGAUUAUAGGUUACUUUUACAUGUAGACAAGAUAGUUGAGGAGUAUCUGAGAGAGAGCGAGAUUGACUUGUCAUUUUGCUUUGGUGGCGCCAGUCAAACCAUUGUCGGUCACAUCACGAUGUCAUCACCAUCGACAAUGGCUGUCAAUCAUCUUCUAUAGACGAUGCUAUCGUAAUAUUGCCCAACCCUAGUGUGACUGCCAAGACUGUGAUCUAUUAAUUUGUAUGGACUCUUGAUUUCCCUCUGCCUGUCAUCAAAGCAUUUAAUCAACUUCAUAGUGGUGACAGAAUUACAAACAACAUGAAGUUAUUGAGGAAUCUGUGGUAAAACAUAAUAGACACUGAACCAAUAUUAGUUGCUUUUCCCAACUACUCCACUAUAACUUGGACCCUUGAUAUUUACAGUGCUUGACUUGGAUUGAAAUGGGUGCCAGUACUCAUUUUGGAUGCCGGUACAGUUUUUUAUAUUUAGAUGCAGGAGCUCCACAAUACUUUUGAGCUAAUAUUUUAUAAGCGGUGCAUGAGCUCAAGCAGUAAAACAUUUUGAGGUGGCGGUACACCGCUCUGGUAAGCUCCUGUCCAAGUCGAGCACUGGGUAUUUAACGCUGCUUAAGCUUUCCAUGUAAAACCAAAAGAUCCAGAUUUGAUUCAGAAUGUGACAGAAGUUGGCUUGCAAACUCAUGUUUUGUACUUGUGUGCAGGCGCAAACAACCAGGCCAUGAUCCGUGUGUUGAGCCUGGGCUCCGCAGAGCGCACCCUGCUGAAGGGCUUCACUGGUGCAGUCACAGACCUGGCCUUCGCUCAUUUGGACUCCACCCUGCUGGGAUGUGUUGACGAGGCCGGCAACCUGGUCAUCUGGCAGCUCACCUGCCACAGCAGCAAGAUCCAGUAUCCUCUUCAUUCUACCUACAUUCUGCACAAGAAUUACACUUCAGUUGGUCCCUUACUGCUUCAUGUAACACUAUACAGUUGAAGUCGGAAGUUUACAUACACUUAGGUUGGAGUCAUUUAAACUUGUUUUUCAACCACUCCACACAUUUCUUGUUAACAAACUAUAGUUUUGGCAAGUCUGUUAGGACAUCUACUUUGUGCAUGACACGAGUCAUUUUUCCAACAAUUGUUUACAGACAGAUUAUUUCACUUACAAUUCACUUUCACAAUUCCAGUGGGUCAGAAGUUUACAUACACUUAGUUGACUGUGCCUUUAAACAGCUUGGAAAAUUCCAGAAAAUGAUGUCAUGGCUUUAGGAGCUUCUGAUAGGCUAAUUGACAUCGUUUGAGUCAAUUGGAGGUGUAUCUUUGGAUGUAUUUCAAGGCCUACCUUCAAACUUAGUGCCUCUUUGCUUGACAUCAUGGGAAAAUCCAAAGAAAUCAGCCAAGACCAAAGAAAACAAUUUGUAGACCUCCACAAGUCUGGUUCAUCCUUGGGAGCAAUUUCCAAACGCCUGAAGGUACCAUGUUCAUCUGUACAAACAAUAGUAUGCAAGUAUAAACACCAUGGGACCACGCAGCCAUCAUACCGCUCAGGAAGGAGACGCGUUCUGUCUCCUAGAGAUGAACGUACUUUGGUGCGAAAAGUGCAAAUCAAUCCCAGAACCUUGUGAAGGAGGAAACGGGUACAAAAGUAUCUAUAUCCACAGUAAAACGAGUCCUAUAUCGACAUAACCUGAAAGGCUGCUCAGCAAGGAAGAAGCCACUGCUCCAAAACCGCCAUUAAAAAAAGCCAGACUACGGUUUGCAACUGCACAUGGGGACAAAGAUCAUACUUUUUGGAGAAAUGUCCUCUGGUCUGAUGAAACAAAAAUAGAACUGUUUGGCCAUAAUGACCAUUGUUAUGUUUGGAGGGAAAAGGGGGUAGCUUGCAAGCCGAAGAACACCAUCCCAACCGUGAAGCACGGGGGUGGCAGCAUCAUGCUGUGGGGGUGCUUUGUUGCAGGAGGGACUGGUGCACUUCACAAAAUAGAUGGCAUCGUGAGGAAGGAAAAUUAUGUGGAUAUAUUGAAGCAACAUCUCAAGACAUUAGUCAGGAAGUUAAAGCUUAGUCGCAAAUGGGUCUUCCAAAUGGACAAUGACCCCAAGCAUACUUCAAAAGUUGUGGCAAAAUGGCUUAAGGACAACAAAGUCAAUGUAUUGGAGUGGCCAUCACAAAGCCCUGACCUCAAUCCUAUAGAAAAUCUGUGGGCAGAACUGAAAAGGCGUGUGCGAGGCCUACAAACCUGACUCAGUUGCACCCAGCUCUGUCAGGAGGAAUGGGCCAAAAUUCACCCAACUUAUUGUGGGAAGCUUGUGGAAGGCUACCUGAAACGUUUGACCCAAAUUAAACAAUUUAAAGGCAAUGCUACCAAAUACUAAUUGAGUGUAUGUAAACUUCUGACCCACUGGGAAUGUGAUGAAAGAAAGAAAUGCUGAAAUAAAUCACUCUCUACUAUUAUUCUGACAUUUCACAUAAAGUGGUGAUCCUAACUGACCUAAGACAGGGAAUUUGUACUUGGAUUAAAUGUCAGGAAUUGUGAAAAACUGAGUUGAAAUGUAUUUGGCUAAGGUGUACGUAGAUUUCCGACUUCAACUGUACAUCUACCUUGUUUUGACCUUUUAAAAGUACAUUGUGAUGUGUGUACAGCAGUGGAGGCUGCUGAGGGGAGGACGGCUCAUAAUAAUGGCUGGAAGGGAGCGAAUGGAAUGUCAUCAAAUGCAUGGAAACCAUGUGUUGGAUGUAUUUGAUACCAUUACACGAAUUCCGCUCCAGCCAUUACCACGAGCCCGUCCUCCCCAAUUAAGGUGCCACCAACCUCCUGUGGUGUACAGCUGUGGUGUUACACACCUUAACCCACAUGCUUGUCAGGGAUCAAGUGGUUGUCCACGUCCGGAGGCCAGAAGACACGCCUCUGAACUCCAAUAGGAGGUUGAUCUGGUGUCCCUUCAUCCUAGAGGACAAUGAAGAGAACCCGGAGGAUGCCAGCCAGACCCUGGCCCUGCUGCAUGAAGACAGGGUAUGUAUGCCCUAUUGGACACAAUCAGACUUAUUUAUUUACCCAUAUCUCAGACAAACUCUACCUCCUCGUCCCUUUGUACUAUUUUCUUCAUCUUUUUAUUUCACUCCCUCCCCUUUGCUGAUUGUCUUGUCUUUUCUCCCCAGGCUGAGGUGUGGGAUCUGGAGAUCCUCCGCAGCAACAAUAGCACCUGGCCAGUAGAUGCCACUGACCUGAAGGAUGGGGUUAUAACCAUAAAAGGACAUACAGAGGUAGAGCAUUUAAGUCAUUUAGUAAUCACAUUGUCUGUUUCCAGUAUGGAAAGCACUUAUUUACAGGUUGAUUUUUUGUGUGGAAAUUGAGUUUGGGGUGUUUUUGUUUUUCUCCAGCGUAUAAGUGAAGGUGCCCUGUCUCCGGAUGGCACAGUCUUGGCCACAGCCAGUCAUGAUGGAUAUGUAAAGUUCUGGCAAAUCUACAUUGAAGGACAGGACCAGCCAAGGUAGAUCUUUACUCAAUAUUACUCUAUUUUAUUCUAUAAAAUUGUAUUCUUGAAAAUUCCAGGUAUUUCUUGUAAUUCCUUUCCAUCUGUAUCUCUAUGGUUACUUUUACUUUCCUUUGUGAAGUCCUCUCCCCGGCUUCUUUCACAGAUGUCUGCAUGAGUGGCAGCCCCACAAUGGGAACCCCCUCUCCUGCCUGCUGUUCUGUGACAACCACAAGAAACAGGACCCAGAGUAAGUCCCUACUGUUCCCUUCUGCUGCUGUACGUCUUUAGCUGAACAGGUGUUGGGAGUAUUUAGGGAAUGUGACAUUUGGGCGGUUCUGUUUAUCACCGAUUUUAAAAUGUAAUCUGAUCAAUAAAAAAAAAACUAAACAUUUUGCGUUACACAGGAUUACAUAGACGCAUGGAUAGGUGCCAUCUUUACAGCAUUACCCAAUGCAAUCAGUGCAAUCUUCUCUUAAGCACCCGUGAGAGAUUGAUUAGACCCCCCCCCCCCCCUUCUGCCUUUCUAGUGUUCCAUUCUGGCGCUUUCUGAUUACUGGAGCUGAUCAGAACCAGGAGCUGAAGAUGUGGUGCACAGUGUCAUGGACCUGCCUGCAGACUAUCAGGUCUAACUGUUUUACUUGUGUUUUUCACUGCUCUUUCAUGCUUUGCAAGUUGUCUCAUUCAUACCUCUUUUACUGGACCUGUUUUAACGAGAGCCUAUGUACAUGUCCUCCAGGUUCUCUCCAGACCCGUUCAACUCCUCAGUCCUGCCCAGUCUGAAGGCCAGCCUGGACCUCUCUGCAGAAUGCCUUAUCCUCAGCGACGUACAGAGAAAGGUCAGAAUAACAUUGUGUCUUGCUGUUUCACUGUGAUCUAUCUACCGACUGUAAUCCUUUUGGAUAUCAGGAUGAUGAGUGAUGAACCCUGUUUUGUGUUGUCCCUCUAGGUGUUGUAUGUGAUGGAGUUGUUGCAGGACCAGGAGAAGGGCCAUGCCAGCUUCACAGCCGUGUCCGAGUUCCUGCUCACACACCCUGUGCUCAGCUUUGGUGUUCAGGACGUCAGCCGCAGCCGCCUGCGCCACACAGAGGUCCUCCUCCCAGAUGAGGAGAGCGAGAAUAUGACUGCAGGUUGGCUUCACCUUCUUGUAUCCACAUUACCACUACUACCUGAUAUAAUGAUGGGCUGGUCUGACCCUGUAUUAUCAUGGGUAUAAUUUUGUUUUAUAAUGGCUUUUUCUUCCUGUUAUCUCUAGAGGGUAACCAGGGCCCAAUGGAAUCCAGAGCUGGGAUCCAAAUCAAGCUAUACUGUGUCCACACAAAGUGAGUGUUCUCAUUCAGGUCCAAUUAUUACCAUAUUUACACAGAGGUCUGCGUUGAAAUUAUGUGACCAUAUAAUCAGUUUUUAGUAUCCCAUUUCAUACACCCAUAGGAGUGUUUUGAUGUAUUCUUCUGUCCACAGGUCCCUUCAAGACGUGCAGAUCUGGUUCCAGCCAAACCUUGGGUCUGGCUCUUCCUUGUUUCUGCCUCACUCAGACUCAAACGAUGGCUUUGGUGAGUUAAGAAAACCGUUGGUCGUCAUAAACCAAAAUGAUCCUUUGCUCAGUUUUAAGAGAGAUUUUAGAAACAUUAUCACAGAUUUUCAUGGAUUAAUCCGUCUUUGUGCUUUUCUAGGGUUUUCGGAUCACUUGACAGACAUGAGCGUGGAAUGUUUGAGCUCUGACAAGGAGUCCGGAUGCGGCUCCCAAAAUGAUCUCCGCAAGAUUCCUGCCCUUCCUGCUCCCGCUGACUUCAUGUCCCCCACUGGCGCCACCACUAUGCCCAAGCUCAUGACCCCUGACGCCUUUAUGACCCCCAGUGCUUCAGUAUGUCCUGUUCCAAAUGCUCACUAUUCCAUCAAAAUGCUAGCAAAUAUCCAAGAGAGGAAUAUUACUCCUGGAUCUUGAUUGUGCUUUUAAUUUUUUUUCUGCCCUUCUCUCCCAGGUCCCAGCCUCCCCAGGCAGCAGUGCCAGCAGCCUGACAAUAGUGACAGCCAUGACCAGCAACUCUGACAGUGGGGCCAGGUAGGUCAACUUGAAGUGUGCAUAAGAGGAGAGGAAUUCAUAAUUGACUGAACAAGGAAAGAUUGUGCUUUUAUAUACCUGACUCUAGUGAUGUCAAUGUCUGCAGGGGAGGAGAGGAGCUGAACCAGAACCUCAAGAUGUCUGUGGAGAGCAGCAGCAGUAGCAGUCUGACUCUCAGUGCGAGCACCAGCAGCCCCAGGGCCAGCUCCAUUCUCAUCUCAGGCCUUGGGGACAACAUGCCGGUAGGCCACACACUUGCAUGGAUGCUAGCACUCACAGCGCAGUCAUUACACACGGUUAGAAUGCAGAAUGUGUGCCACAAUUGGAGAGACUGAGGGGCCAAAGUAAUGUUUGUCAACUUACAAGACCUCUCGUCCCACUCCAUCGUAUGUGACAUCAUCCUUACUCCUUGUUCCAUUUUGGUCUUCCCUGCUGUCUCAUAAAGAUGUAUCCUCUUCUACAAGAGACCACUCCUCAUACGCUCAUGUUCCCCCUCACCUACCCCCUCCGCCCUCUACAGGUGCUUCCCUCUCCAAACCCGCCCCUCUCGCUGGACCCACAGGUCAUUGAGCCUAUGCUGAUUCAGCAGGCCUCUCCCACCCUGGCCCGCUCUCCAGACGUCAUCUCAUCUGCCUCCACGGCCAUGUCCCAGGACAUCCCUGAGAUCGCCUCUGAGACGCUGCAGAGAGGCCUGGGGGUUGUGUCUGGAGCUGAAUCCCGAGACCCUCUCCCAGCCCACCACACAGACAGCAUGGCUUCUGCAGCCUCAGCCCUUCACCUCCUCUCACCACGGAACCGGAACAACUCAGGCCACCUGCCCCUGGAGCUGGGUGCUGGAGUAGGAGCAGUGGAGGCGGAGCAGAGGCUCAGUAACACUCCUUCACUACUGGAGAACGCCCUGUCACAGGAGAAUGCUGCUGCAGCCGCCGCUGCCUCCUGCUCAGACAACAAUACAAGCCACCCCUGGCCUGCAGCUCCCGACAUCACACGGGAAACGCGCAACAGCCUGCGGGACAACGGCCUAGGAGACUGGUAAGACACACACACACACAGACACACACGCACUCUGACAUAGGCAUAGUGUCUUUACCUAUGCAUGCAACCUCAAGAGCACACACAGAUCUGCUUUUUAGGUCUGAGUUUUAAAUGGGAUCUCUUUGUUGCUCUUAGCUCGAGGGAGGAAAUGAAGGACAGACACAUGUCCUCUCCAUACCACAGACGCACCUACCACUUAACCCAGAAUGACAGUCAGGACGCCAGUGCAGAACAGAGGUAAAAUAGUCACACAUCUCUGGAAUUUCCCUGUAGUUGUCAAUAACCCUGGUCCUGGAGGGAUGAAGUAUUUGCUGUGUUUUGGAAGUCAAUGCUUGCUUGGUUAAAGUUUCCAUUGAAAGGUAAUCUUGAUUCUUAUUUAGAUCAUCCUAAACCUGUUAUGAUCUGUAGGGUUUUUUGUACCCAUGCCUUAGUCUUGCUUAUCACCGGCUACUGUGGGCACUUAUACUCCUCCUCUUGCUUUGUUUUCCUGUCACACAGUGACCAUGACGAUGAGGGAGCCAGUCUAGCGUCGUCCUCAGGGAACUGUGGAGCCAGGUCGUCUCAAAGACUGCCAGUGAAGGAGUGGAAGAGUUCUCCCAGAGGCUCCCCUAAACUCAAGAGGAAGAGUAAAAAAGAUGAUGGGUGGGUGAUAACAUUCUGUGGUAACUGUCAUGGUAAACAUUCUCUGUCUAAUGUCUUACUUCCAUGUCUAAUGGCCUCUUUGCCUUCUCUCUUUUUAGGGAUGCAUCUCAUGCCUCUCAUGUUUCUCAUGCCUCUCAGUCCAGGCAGCCUGAGCAUCAUAAUCAUCAACAUCAAGUAAGUGAUUUUUAUUUUAUUUUAUUUUAUUUUAUUUCACCUUUAUUUAACCAGGUAAACCAGUUGAGAACAAGUUCUCAUUUACAACUGCGACCUGGCCAAGAUAAAGCAAAGCAGUGCGAUAAAAACAACAACACAGAGUUACAUAUGGGGUAAAACAAAAAUCAAAAAAAAAAUAUACAACAGAAAUACAAUUAAAAUACAGUGUGCAAAUUUAGCAAGUUAUGGAGGUAAGGCAAUAAAAUAGGCUAUAGUGCAAAAUAAUUACAAUUUAGUAUUAACACUGGAAUGAUGUGCAAGAGAUGAUGUGCAAAUAGAGAUACUGGGGUACAGAUGAGCAAAAUAAAUAACAAUAUAGGGAUGAGGUAGUUGGGCGGGCUAAUUUCAGAUGGGCUGUGUACAGGUGCAGUGAUCGGUAAGGUGCUCUGACAACUGAUGCUUAAAGUUAGUGAGGGAGAUAAGUGUCUCCAGCUUCAGAGAUUUUUGCAAUUUGUUCCAGUCAUUGGCAGCAGAGAACUGGAAGGAAUUGCGGCCAAAGGAGGUGUUGGCUUUGGGGAUGACCAGUGAGAUAUACCCGCUGGAGCGCAGACUACGGGUGGGUGUUGCUAUGGUGACCAAUGAGCUAAGAUAAGGCGGGGAUUUGCCUAGCAGUGAUUUAUAGAUGGCCUGGAGCCAGUGGGUUUGGCGACGAAUAUGUAGUGAGGACCAGCCAACAAGAGCGUACAGGUCACAGUGGUGGGUAUUAUAUGGGGCUUUGGAGACAAAACGGAUGGCACUGUGAUAGACAACAUCCAAUUUGCUGAGUAGAGUGUUGGAGGCUAUUUUGUAAAUGACAUCGCCGAAGUCGAGGAUCGGUAGGAUAGUCAGUUUUUUACGAGGGCAUGUUUGGCAGCAUGAGUGAAGGAGGCUUUGUUGCGAAAUAGGAAACCGAUUCUAGAUUUAACUUUGGAUUGGAGAUUCUUAAUGUGAGUCUGGAAGGAGAGUUUACAGUCUAACCAGACACCUAGAUAUUUGUAGUUGUCCACGUACUCUAGGUCAGACCCGUCUAGAGUAGUGAUUCUAGUCGGGUGGGCGGGUGCAAGCAGCGUUCGGUUGAAGAGCAUGCAUUUUGUUUUACUAGUGUUUAAGAGCAGUUGGAGGCUACUGAAGGAGUGUUGUAUGGAAUUGAAGCUCGUUUGGAGGUUUGUUAACACAGUGUCCAAUGAAGGGCUGCGUAGAGGUGGAUCUGAGAGUCACCAGCAGCAAGAGCGACGUCAUUGAUAUACACAGAGAAAAGAGUUGGCCCAAGAAUUGAACCCUGUGGCACCCCCAUAGACUGCCAUAGGUCCAGACAACAGGCCCUCCGAUUUGACACAUUGAACUCUAUCUGAGAAGUAGUUGGUGAACCAGGCGAGGCAGUCAUUUGGGAAACCAAGGCUAUUUAGUCUGCCAAUAAGAAUGCGGUGGUUGACAGAGUCGAAAGCCUUGGCCAGGUCAAUGAAAACGGCUGCACAGUACUGUCUAUUAUCGAUCGCGGUUAUAAUAUCAUUUAGGACCUUGAGCGUGGCUGAACUGCACCCAUGACCAGCUCGGAAACCGGAUUGCAUAGCGGAGAAGGUACGGUGGGAUUCGAAAUGGUUGGUGAUUUGUUUGUUGACUUGGCUUUCAAAAACUUUUGAAAGGCAGGGCAGGAUGGAUAUGGGUCUGUAACAGUUUGGGUCUAGAGUGUCACCCCCUUUGAAGAGGGGGAUGACCGCGGCAGCUUUCCAAUCUCUGGGGAUCUCAGACGUUACGAAAGAGAGGUUGAACAGGCUAGUAAUAGGGGUUGCGACAAUUUCGGCGGCUAGUUUUAGAAAGAAAGGGUCCAGAUUGUCUAGUCCAGAUGAUUUGUAGGGGUCCAGAUUUUGCAGCUCUUUUAGAACAUCAGCUGUCUGGAUUUGUGUGAAGGAGAAGCGGGGGGGGGGCAUGGGCAAGUUGCAGCGGAGGGUGCAGAGCUGGUGGCCGGGGUAGUGGUAGCCAGGUGGAAAGCAUGGCCAGCCGUAGCAAAAUGCUUGUUGAAAUUCUCGAUUAUUGUAGAUUUAUCGGUGGUGAUAGUGUUUCCUAGCCUCAGUGCAGUGGGCAGCUGGGAGGAAGUACUCUUAUUUUCCAUGGACUUUACAGUGUCCCAAAACUUUUUGGAGUUAGUGCUACAGGAUGCAAAUUUCUGUUUGAAAAAGUUAGCCUUUGCUUUCCUAACUGCUUGUGUAUAUUGGUUCCUAACUUCCCUGAAAAGUUGCAUAUCACGGGGGCUAUUUGAUGCUAAUGCAGUACGCCACAGGAUGUUUUUGUGCUGGUCAAGGGCAGUCAAGUCUGAGGAGAACCAGGGGCUAUAUCUGUUCUUAGUUCUGUAUUUUUUUAAUGGGGCAUGUCUAUUUAAGAUUGAGAGGAAAUUACUUUUAAAGAACAACCAGGCAUCCUCUACUGACUGAAUGAGAUCUAUAUCCAUCCAGGAUACCUGGGCCAGGUCAAUUAGGAAGGCCUGCUCGCUGAAGUGUUUUUGGGAGCGUUUGACAGUGAUGAGGGGUGGUCGUUUGACCGCGGACCCGUUACGGACGCAGGCAAUAAGGCAGUGAUCGCUGAGAUCCUGGUUGAAGACAGCGGAGGUGUAUUUAGAGGGUAAGUUAGUCAGGAUGAUAUCUAUGAGGGUACCCAUGUUUACGGAUUUAGGGUUGUACCUGGUAGGUUCGUUGAUAAUUUGCGUGAGGUUGAGGGCAUCUAGCUUGGAUUGUAGGAUGGCUGGGGUAUUAAGCAUAUCCCAAUUUAGGUCACCAAGCAGUACGAACUCUGAGGAUAGAUGGGGGGCAAUCAAUUCACAUAUGGUGUCCAGGGCACAGCUGGGGGCUGAGGGGGGUCUGUAGCAAGCGGCAACAGUGAGAGAUUUAUUUCUGGAAAGGUGGAUUUUCAGAAGUAAAAGCUCAAACUGUUUGGGCACAGACCUGGAUAGUAUGAUGGAGCUCUGCAGGCUAUCUCUACAGUAGAUUGCAACUCCACCCCCUUUGGCAGUUCUAUCUAGACGGAAAAUGUUAUAGUUGGGGAUGGACAUUUCAGAAUUUUUGGUGGCCUUCCUAAGCCAGGAUUCAGACACUGCUAGAACAUCAGGGUUGGCGGAGUGUGCUAACGCAGUGAAUACAGUAAUCCCUCGUUUAUCGCGGGGGUUACGUUCCGAAAAUGACCCGCGAUAAGUGAAAUCCGCGAAAUAGAAAACUUUUUUUUUUUACAAUUAGCAACUAUUACAUGUAUACAAAUACAGUGACUCACGUGUAGGCCGUUUCACUGCUCUUCAGACUGGGCCGCUGCAUCCUGACUGCGCUCUGCAGUGUUCUCUUCUUCUGAAGCCCGCGGUGCAGGUGUGUUUGUUCGGGAGAAGAACAUAGUGAUAGGCAGCUGUUGUCGCUCUUUUUUCUUCUUUGCAAAAAGAUCCUUGUACACCGACAUGCCACCAUCGAUUACGUUGGAGAACUGUAAUGAACGGCUCAUCAAAGGGUCCCAUUCCUCAGCUACUCGCUUAAGUUCAGUGGCCAUUCGCACCAUGGUUGCUAAGCGACCAAGCGUUAGUCCUUCCUCCUCAUCUCUCUUGUCCUCUUCUCCCUCUUCUCUUUCAUCGUCGCUUUGUGGCUUUGUCAUUUACCUUCCCUUAGCAUGUCCAGAAGUUUAACUUUAUCUGAGAUAGGUAGCAUCUUCCGCCGUUUGGGCCCAUCCGCAGGUGCUUUUGUCGGUCCAGGCCGUUUCGUCGACAUUAUGGGUUUAGGAGAUGUUCGAAAUUACAAGAUAAUUUGGCCAACUUAAUGUAAAUUUGCCAAGCUGUUUUAUGUACGUACACAUAACUGCACGAGACGACAAAAUGAUAGCACAAUUCGUAGCAUGUUUUGAUACAAGAAGCGGGAGUGAGUUUUUAGCGAAUCAGAAUGCAGAGCACAAUGCACCAAAAAAAAAAAAAAUGCAUUAUGAAAAUCCGCGAAAUAGCGAAUCCGCGAUAAGUGAACCGCGAAGUGGCGAGGGAUCACUGUAACUCAAAUUUAGGAAGGAGGCUUCUGAUAUUUAUGUGCAGAAAACCAAGACUUUUACGGUUACAGAAGUCAACAAAUGAUAGCUCCUGGGGAGUAGGAGUGAUACUGGGGGCUGCAGGGCCUGGGUUAGCCUCUACAUCACCAGAGGAACAGAGGAGGACUAGAAUAAGGAUACGACUAAAGGCUUUAAGAACUGGUCUUCUAGUGCGUUGGGUACAUAGAAUAAAGGGGGCAGAUUUCCGGGCGUUGUAGAAUAGAUUCAGGGCAUUAUGUACAGAAAAGGAUAUGGAAGGAUAUGAGUACAGUUCAGGUAAUCCUAAGUGUUGGGUAACAAUGAAAGAGAUAGCGUCAUUGGAGGCAUCGAUUGAGCCGGUCUCGGCGUGUAUGGGGGGAGGAACAAAGGAACUAUAUGAGACAGUUUGAGAGGGACUAGGGGUUCUACAUUGAAAUUGUAUAAUAAGAACUAACCCAAACAGCAAUAGGCAAGGCAUAAUUGACAUGGGAGAGAGGCAUAAAGCAGUCACGUGUUAUUAGAGAACAUGGCUCCACGAUAUGAUUCACCGUUACUUUUUAUCUUUAAGUUGUGAUUAUGAUACUGUCAUCAGGAUGUUUCCAUUAUACAUCAAUUUUCAGCAAUACCAUUUGUUCCCUGAUAAUUAGAUUAUACAGUAUACCUGGUUUGCUUAGACACCAUGGUCUUCUGAACAUCCCUCUCUGUGAUCUGAUCUGACCUGUAGCAGAUGAACCCUGAGAUGCAGGAAGAGCUGCUGAUGCUGCUGCGUAACCAGCAGAGGGAACUAGCGGAUCUCCGUCAGAGUCAGCUGGAGCUGCUGCAGAGAGUGACGGGCCACAUGGACGCUGUGCAGAGCUCUGUCAUAGCCCAUGUAGAGCACGUCAUGGUCAGCCAGCAGGAGCACGAACGUAUCCUUACAACUGGGACAUGUCACAAAUUACAAUCAGUGCCAACUCCAAGACCUCCCUCUGUAGUGGUACCAUUGAAAAUUAUUUAGUUUGGUAUGAUCACUGCGAUAUACACUGAAAUAUACGCCAAAAGUAUGUGGACACUCCUUCAAAUUAGAUGAUUCGGCUAUUUCAGCCACACCCGUUGCUGACAGGUGUAUAAAAUCAAGCACACAGCCAUGCAAUCUCCAUAGACAAACGUACUGAAGAGCUCAGUGAAAUCUUAACACUACAGCAAACAAUGACAUUCUAGACAAUUCUGUGCUUCCAACUUUGUGGAAACAGUUUGGGGUAGGCCCUUUCCUGUUUCAGCAUGACAAUGCCCCCGUGCACAAAGCGAGGUACAUACAGAAAUUGUUUGUUUAGAUCGGUGUAGAAGAACUUGAUUGGCCUGCACAGAGCCCUGACCUCAACCCCAUCGAACACCUUUGGGAUGAAUUGGAUCGCCGACUGCGAGCCAGGCCUAAUCGCCCAACAUCAGUGCCCGACCUCACUAUUGCUCUUGUGGCUGAAUGGACGCAAGUCCCCGCAGCAAUAUUCCAACAUCUAGUGUAAAGCCUUCCCAGAAGAGUGGAGGCUGUUAUAGCGGCAAAGGGGGGACCAACUCCAUAUUAAUGCCCAUGAUUUUGGAAUGAGAUAUUCGACAAGAAGGUGUCCACAUACCUUUGGCCAAAUAUUGUAAAGGGCAGUGUUUUGAAUGCAGGUAUUGUAGUUUAAAUGGAUAAAAAUUCACAUGAAUAAAGAUGCUUUUCACAUCUAGAAAGGUGCCUAAUUAAAGCUGCAAUAUGUAACUUCUCAGGCGAUCUGACCCAAAUCAAAUUUUAUUUGCCUCAUGCGCCGAAUACAACAGGUGUAGACAUUACCGUGAAAUGCUUACUUACAGCCCUUAACCAACAAUGCAUUUAUUUUUUAAUAAAAAAGUAAAAUAAAACAACAACAAAAAGUGUAAUUAAAGAGCAGAAGUAAAAUAAAAUAACGUACUGGACAAAGAUGUUUUCUUUAACGAGUCAGACGAAAAUUAUUUUCUUAAGACACCCGACAAGGCCCAAAUCCCCGUCAUUCGCAUGAGAGAGAGACCGAGAUACCGGGGACGUAGGUCGGGGUGCUUUGUAAGGAUCCGACGGCGAGUGGGUAAUCUGCAUCUACCAUCAGUCCUAUUAGCCAACGUACAAUCAUUGGAUAACAAAAUAGACGAACUACGAUCACAGAUAUCCUACCAACGGGACAUUAAAAACGAGCUUAUGUUUCACUGAGUUGUGGCUAAAUGACGAAAUGGAUAACAUACAGCUGGCGGGAUAUACGCUACAUCGUCAAGAUGGAACAGCUGCCUCCGGUAAGACGAGGGGUGUAUAUUUCUAAACAACAGCUGGUGCGCGAUGUCUCAUAAACUGUAGACCACACUAUUUACCAAGAGAGUUUUUUUCUAUAUUUUUCGUAGCUGUCUAUUUACCACCACAAAUCGAUGCUGGCAAUAAGACCGCACUCAAUGAGCUGUAUAAGGCCAUAAGCAAAUAGGAAAACGCUAAUCCAGAGGUGGCGCUCCUAGUGGCCGAGGACUUUAAUGCAGGGAAACUUAAAUCAGUUUGACCUAAUUUCUACCAACAUGUUAAAUGUGCAACCGGAGGGAAAAAAACUCUAGACCACCUUUACUUCACACACAGACGCGUACAAAGCUCUCCCUCGCCCAAAUCUGACCAUAACUCUAUCCUCCUGAUUCCUGCUUACAAGUAAAAACUAAAGCAUGAAGCACCAGUGACUCGGUCAAUAAAGAAGUGGUCAGAUGACACAGAUGCUACGCUACACGACUGUUUUGCUAGCAGAGACUGGAAUAUGAUCCGAGAUUCUUCCGAUGGCAUUGAGGAGGACACCACAUCAGACACUGGCUUCAUCAAUAAGUGCAUCAAUGACGUCGUCCCCACAGUGACCGUACGUACAUACGCCAACCAGAAGCCAUGGAUUAAAGGCAACAUCCGCACUGAGCUAAAGGGUAGAGCUGCCGCUUUCAAGGAGCGGCACUCUAACCCGGACGCUUAUAAGAAAUUCUGCUAUGCCCUCCGACGAACCAACAAACAGGCAAAGCUUGUCGGAUGUGGCAGGGCAUGCAAACUAUUACGGACUACAAAGGGAAGCACAGCCGCGAGCUGCCAAGUGACACGAGCGUACCAGACGAGCUAAAUUACUUCUAUGCUCGUUUUGAGGCAAGCAACACUGAAGCAUGCAUGAGAGCAUCAGCUGUUCCGGACGACCGUGUGAUCACGCUUUAAACAGGUCAACAUUCACAAGGCCGCAGGGCCAGACGGAUUACCAGAAGGUGUACGCCGAGCAUGCGCUGACCAACUGGCAAGUGUCUUCACUGACAUUUUCAACUUGUCCCUGACUUAGUCUGUAAUACAAACAUGUUUCAAGCAGACAACCAUAGUCCCUGUGCCCAAGAACACUAAGGUUAACCUGCCUAAAUGACUACAGACCCGUAGCACUGACGUCUAUAGCUAUGAAGUGCUUUGAAAGGCUGGUCAUGGCUCACAUCAACACCAUUAUCCCAGAAACCUUAGACCCACUCCAAUUUGCAUACCGCCCCAGCAGAUCCACAGAUGAUGCAAUCUCAAUUGCACUCCACACUGCCCUUUCCCACCUGAACAAAAGGAACACCUACGUGAGAAUGCUAUUCAUUGACUACAGCUCAGCGUUCAACACCAUAGUGCCCUAAAAGCUCAUCACUAAGCUAAGUACCCUGGGACUAAACACCUCUGCAACUGGAUCCUGGACUUCCUGACGGGCCGCCACCAGGUGGUUAGGGUAGGCAACAGCAUCUGCCACGCUGAUCCUCAACACGGGGGCCCCUCAGGGGUGCGUGCUCAGUCCCCUCCUGACAACGAUCAGGCAGCCUAUAGGGAGGAGGUCAGAGACCUGGCCGUAUGGUACCAGGAUAACAAACUCUCCCUCAACGUGAUCAAGACAAAGGAGAUGAUUGUGGACUACAGGAAAAGGAGGACCGAGCGCGCCCCCAUUCUCAUUGACGGGGCUGUAGAGGAGCAGGUUGAGAGCUUCAAGUUCCUUGGUGUCCACAUCGCCAACAAACUAUCAUGGACCAAACACACCAAGACUGCAGUGAAGAGGGCAUGACAAAGCCUAUUCCAUUUACAUUUACAUUUACGUCAUUUAGCAGACGCUCUUAUCCAGAGCGACUUACAGUUAGUGAAUACAUAUAUAUAUAUAUAUAUAUAUAUAUAUAUAUAUAUAUAUAUAUAUAUAUAUUUUUAUACUGGCCCCCCGUGGGAAUCGAACCCACAACCCUGGCGUUGCAAACGCCAUGCUCUAUCAACUGAGCUACAUCCCUGCCGGCCAUUCCCUCCCCUACCCUGGACGACGCUGGGCCAAUUGUGCGCCGCCCAUGAGUCUCCCGGUCGCGGCCGGUUGCGACAGAGCCUGGAUUCGAACCAGGAUCUCUAGUAGCACAGUUAGCACUGCGAUGCAGUGCCUUAGACCACUGCGCCACUCAGGAGACUGGAGACAGUACACUUCCUUCCUUUUUCCUAUUCCCCCUCAGGAGACUGAAAAGAUUUGGCAUGGGUCCUCAGAUUCUCUAAUAAUUCUACAGCUGCACCAUCGAGAGCAUCCUGACUGGUUGCAUCACUGCCUGGCAUGGCAGCUGAUCGGCCUCCGACCGCAAGGCACUACAGAGGGAGUGCGUACGGCCCAGUACAUCACUGUGGCCAAACUUCCUGACAUCCAGGACCUCUAUACCAAGUGGUGUCAGAGGAAGACCCUAAAAAUGGUCAAAGACUCCAGCCACCCUAGUCAUAGACUGUUCUCUCUGCUACCGCACGACAAGUGGUACCGGAGCGCAAAAGUCUAGGUCCAAAAGGCUUCUCAACAGCUUCUACCCCCAAGCCAUAAGACUCCUGAACAGCUAAUCAAAUGGCUACCCAGACUAUUUGCAUUGUCCCACCCCACCUCCUCUUUUACGCUGCUGCUACUCUGUUUAUUAUCUAUGCAUAGUCACUUUAAAUCUACUUACAUGUACAUAUUACCUCAAUAACCUCGACUAACCUGUGCCCCCGCACAUUGACUCUGUACCGGUACCGCCUGUAUAUAGCCUCCCUACUGUUAUUUUAUUUUACUGCUGCUCUUUAAGUAUUUAUUUUUUACUUGACACUAAUUUUUCUUAACUGCAUUGUUGGUUAAGGGCUUGUAAGUAAGCAUUUCACUGUAAGGUUUACACCUGUUGUAUUUCGCGCGUGACAAAUACAAUUCUAUUUGCAUAUUGUAUCUUUAAGGCCAUAGUUUUGUUGCAGAAGCACAUCCUCAUCAACCCACCACACAAGUUGCUCUGUGUUUGAUCCUUGACCCGGCAUUGAUUCUCAGAGAGGAGAAUGGAGAGAAUCCUAGCUGAGGGACACAACCGUAACCAGCAACUCCAGGAGCAUCUCUCCCAGCAGCUGGCUCAAACUCUCAACAACACCCUGUGUAACCGUCUGGACAAGACUCUCCGAGAGGAGAUGAAGAAGACCGUUCCUCCCAGUCAGUACACUUCCUUCCUUUUUCCUAACUUAUUUGAUAGUUUUUAUCAAAUAAAGUGUUUAACUGUGUAUAAUCAAUGUGAGGUAAAUGUUUGGCCUUGCUACUUCACAGCUAUCAUCAAGAGUCUGGAGCCUGUUACUGCCCAGAUGAGUAACACCAUCGCUGCUAAGCUGACAGCUGUGGAGGCAGCACUGAAGGAGAAUGUUAGCAAAGUCGUCAAGUCAAAGGUUAGUGGCAACAAAUUCAGAUCAUUGUCUCUAGACCAGUGUUUCCCAAAGACCCGAUGUGGUGUUGCCUGAUUUGAAAAUGGGGUUGCGAGAGAAACUCUGGGGAAGAAAAAAAUAUGCGCUGCUUAGUUCAUAGAACCACGUCACGUGACUUACCUUCGAUAUUCACUUAUAGCAGUUGUGACAGCGGUUUCGGUUUUCUUCCUACAAAUGUGGCUCAACGUUUUUAACAAUGGGGGCUAUAAGCUAUUAUGACCCCAUUUUCUGAAGGCUAAGACACGCACAUGUUUUAUCUUUCCCUCUACAAUACUCACAAGCCCUGCAGGAGUUGUUAGAACAGAGUGGACAGGACCAUGCGCCAAAUGACUGGGGAGAGGAAAGAACAUCAUCAUUGAAAGCAAUGAUGUUAUUUUCUACACAAAAGAUCAUACGCAAUUAUUGCCUGAUCUUCCUUGAUGUUUUCCUAAACUUUCCAAUACCUUUCUGAUGCAUUUCAGUCACUUCAAACCAAGGGUUGUAACCUGUUCAGGAACAGAACCGAAAAGAACGAAAGUGAUCUAUACCUCCGUUAUUUAAUAAUGUUAUUUUACGUUCCAGGCUUAUUAUUAUUAUUUUUUUAAUCGGAACAAAUCGUCUAUGCAAAUCUUUGCCUGUGUGUAGGCUACGUGCCCCUCCCCUCUGAAGCAUAGGUUACUGUAGCGUACUGACAACGUUACUAACGUAAUUCAGAAAUUAGGGAGAGAUGCUUAAUUAGAGAAGAAUGGAUUGACUUUUUAAAUGAUAGUUAAGGAUACUAUAAUUAUCAUGUUUCACAUUUGAUUUAUUACCUACAAAAGGGUAAGACGUGUUUUAAUUCUUGUGCUACUCUGAAAACACAAGCUUGUUAGCUUGCUAGCUAACGUUGGCUCAGGUCCAACGUUAAACCAACUCGGAAGUUCAAAGACAAUCAAAGUUCCUCCAUAGAAGCCACUCCUUGUAGGUAUACAGUGGCUUGUGAAAGUAUUGCCUUAGAAUUUUGAAUUAAAAUUGAUUUUUGGGGGGUUUGUAUCAUUUGAUUUACACAACAUGCCUACCACUUUGAAGAUGCUAAAUAUUUUUUUGUGUCAAAUCAAAUUGUAUUUGUCACAUGCGUGAAAUACAACAGGUGUAGACCUUACAGUGAAAUGCUUACUUACAAGCCCUUAACCAACAAUGCGGUUUUAAGAAAGAAUACCAAAAACAAUCACAAAAAAUACAAUAUAAAAUAAUACAAAAUAAAAGUAACAAAUAAUUAAAGCGCCGCAGGAAAAAUAACAAUAGCGAGGCUAUAUACAGGGGGUACCGGUACCGACUCAAUGUGCGGGGGCACCAGUUAGUCGAGGUAAUUGGGGUAAUAUGUACAUGUAGGUAGAGUUAUUAAAGUGACUAUGCAUAGAUAAUAAACAGCGUAGCAGCAGCGUAAAAGAGGGGUGGGGAGGGAAUGCAAAUAGUCUGGGUAGCCAUUUGAUUAGAUGUUCAGGAGUCUUAUGGUUUGGGGGUAGAAGCUGUUUAGAAGCCUCUUGGACCUAGACUUGGCGCUCCGGUACCGCUUGCCGUGCGGUAGCAGAGAGAACGGUCUAUGGCUAGGGUGGCUGGAGUCUUUUGACCAUUUUUAGGGCCUUGCUCUGACACUGCCUGGUAUAGAGGUCCUGGAUGGCAGGAAGCUUGGCCCCAGUGAUGUACUUGGCCGUACGCACUACCCUCUGUAGUGCCUUGCGGUCAGAGGCCGAGCAGUUGCCAUACCAAGCAGUGAUGCAACCAGUCAGGAUGCUCUCGAUGGUGCAGCUGUAGAAUCUUUUGAGGACCUGAGGACCCAUGCCAAAUAUUUUCAGUCUCCUUAGGUGGAAUAGGUUUUGUCGUGCCCUCUUCACGACUGUCUUGGUGUGCUUUGACCAUGUUAGUUUGUUGGUGAUGUGGACACCAAGGAACAUGAAGCUCUCAACCUGCUCCACUACAGCCCCGUCUAUGAAAAUGGGGAGUGCUCGGCCCUCUUUUUUUUCCCCUGUAGUCCACAAUCAUCUCCUUUGUCUUGAUCACGUUGAGGGAGAGGUUGUUGUCCUGACACUACACGGCCAGGUCUCUGACCUCCUUCCUAUAGGCUGUCUCGUCGUUGUCGGUGAUCAGGCCUACCACUGUUGUGUCAUUGGCAAACUUAAUGAUGGUGUUGGAGUCGUGCCUGGCCAUGCAGUCAUGAGUGAACAGGGAGUACAGGAGGGGACUGAGCAAGCACCCCUGAGGGGCCCCCGUUACCUACCCUUACCACCCGGGGGCGGCCCGUCAGGAAGUCCAGGAUCCAGUUGCAGAAGGUGUUUAGUCCCAGGGUCCUUUUUCAUGGUGCUGCUGGCUUGGUGGUGCCCCUUGCUUAGUGGUGUUGCAGACUCUGGGGCCUUUCAGAACAGGUGUGUGUAUAUAUACUGAGAUCAUGUGACACUUAGAUUGCACACAGGUGGACUUUAUUUAACUAAUAUGUGACUUCUGAAGGUAAUUGGUUGCACCAGAUCUUAUUUAGCAAAGGGGGUGAAUAAAAUGCACACACCACUUUUCCGUGAUUUGUUUUUCAUUUCACGUCACCAAUUUGGACUGUUUUGUGUAUGUCCAUUUACAUGAAAUCCAAAUAAAAAUCCAUUUAAAUUACAGGUUGUAAUGCAACAAAAUAGGAAAAACGCCAAGGGGGGAUAUGAAUACUUUUGCAAGGCACUGUAAUUCUGUGGGCAUAAUUCAGAUAAUGCAUGUCAUAACAAGAUAUCCAGCGUUUCAAGGCAAGCUUCCUCAUUCUCACUUGCUCUCGCCUCACUCUCAAAAUUUAAGUUGCAUCUCGCGCCCUACACUGUGACUGGCAGCACAGUGUGUUUGUCUUUCAUUAUGAUUAAAACAUGCUGUUACGGCAAAAUACAAUUUGCUCUUAACGACUUUCCUAUACAGAUUAAGUCGCUUACCCGCUUCACAGCAAGCUGAUCUAUCUGCACUGAUUGGUGAAGUAAUUGAAUGUUGAGCUAAAUGUGUAAAAAAAAUAGUAUAUUUCAGAGGUUUUAAAAGGAAUUAUUUUAACUGGUACUUUUGGUUCGAACCAGUUCAAAACGUUAUUUUGCUAGUCGGAACAGUGGAACGAAACAAACAAAGUAAUGGUUCUGUUCGUAACGAAACGAUUGGAAAAUAAUUUAGGUUCCAACCCCUGCUUCUCAAACUAUACUUCCUUCAGAUUUAAUUUGAAAUACUCUCAAAAAUAUUGUCGGACUGAUUUGUAAUUGUUAUGAUGAGUUUCUGGUAUUGAGAAGUUCAGAAUGCAAGAGAGUAUGUUACACAGAUGGAGAUUGGUUUCAGUCAUCAUUUAAUGGUCACUAUUGGAUUUAAUGACAGGGGGUACGGACAUAGCCUCCUGCCAUCUGAAUGACUUCUAUACAAAAUCUCUCAUCUUAUAUAAUGCCAUUCCAAUCUACUUUUAUCCCACACAGUUGCUACUAACCAGCAUUGAGUGUCACUCAUCCACCACCAUAUCCACCUACUUGGUAUAAUGUGGCACCCUAGCCAGGCCAUUCCAUCACGCACCUAUCCUCAGAUUUGCAACAGGGGCCCCCAAUCUAUCUUGGCACACUGACCUUCUGUUCCUCACUCGUGACACCAAUAACACAUGAUGUGUCCUUGUUCUCUGUCCACAUACAGCUUCAUACAUUAAUGAAUAUUGUGUCACAAAUCAUCAUAACAGUAAUAUACUGUCAUAGCCCGAAAUUAAAAACAUUGGCUGUUGAUUACAUCACUUUUUCACACAGUGGGGCUGCAAAAGAUUUCUGAUAUCAAAAUGGGGUUGUGGGACAAAGUUAAAAAUGCCCUCUGCUCUAGAGCCUAGGUUGGUCAUUGGAUCAAAGGAUGUAAAGUAAUCUCAUAGCUCACUUAUUCACUCUUCAGUCAAAAUGCACACAUAACAAUUACUUUAUCCCUUUCUGUGCAGAACACCACAGAUGCUAUCGGCCGGGCAGCUGCCGAGGCAAUGCAGGGGCCUAUCCAGGCUGCCUACAAGGAUGCGUUCCAGAGCAUUGUGCUGCCUGUGUUUGAGAGGGGCUGCCAGUCUAUGUUCCAGCAGAUCAAUGACAGCUUCAAGCAGGGCACCCAUGAGUGUAUGACAAUCCUAUUACUAACUGUUAACCCUCAGCAUUUCAGGCUGUUUCUUCACUUUCACCCGAGAGCAAGGUUAAAGACGUAGCCUACUUUUUAACUUGCUGCAUUUGUCAUAUGUCUAUUUUAAGAAGAGCAGUGGGCUUUGUAUGCAUUGAUAAACAUUUGCUAUAUUAGUUUUUUCAGCUGAUUUUUAAAUUGUGCUAAACGCACAUCUGAAUAUGCCUGACAGAUCUUUCUGUGUCGUACUGAGGAUGUUUGUUUGUUUUCCUCUGUAGAUAUCCAGCAACUGGAGACCCAUGUGAAGAACAGGAAGCAGCAUGAGCAGGAGGCACGGGACCCUAUGAUUGGCCAGCUGCAGCAGAUGAUUGACACGUUCCAGAAUUCUACGGAUCAGCUGGCCACCACCGUCACAGCAGGGGUCCGCUCUGAGGUCCAGCACCAGCUCCACAUGACGGUGGGAAAGUAAGUCCGGCCAACAAAGCUUUUUAUCUUUUUUAUAAGUGAUUGAUCAGACAUACCCAAUAGAUGCCUUAGCAAGCCGUUUGGGUUGCCAUAUUGAGUGGCUGUGUAAUGGAUUGGUUGAGUAGAAAAACAAACACCUUAAUCCUGGGCUUAAUUUCGAUUUAACCACAAAUUGUGCAAAGCAAUUAAUGACAUAGUGCUUGAGUUUAUAUAGUUUCUUAGGUUGGACUGAAUAACUUUUUGUAAGUGUUUUGGAUCGUAAAAAUGUGUUUUCAGGCAUUUAGAGUGCAUUCGGAAAGUAUUCAGACCCCUUGACCUUUUCCACAUUUUGUUAAAUUACAGCCUUAUUCUAAAAUGGAUUAAAUAGUUUACCCCCCUCAUCAAUCUACACACAAUACCCUUUCCAAACAAAAACAGGUUUGUAGACAUUUUUGCAAAUGUAUUUUUAAAAAAACAUGAAAAUUAUUAUAUUUACAUAAGUAUUCAGACCCUUUGCUCUGUACUUUUUUAACGCACCUUUGGCAGUGAUUACAGCCUCAAAUAUUAUUGGGUAUGAAGCUUGACAGACCUAUAUUUGGGGAGUUUCUCUCAUUCUUCUCUGCAGAUCCUCUCAAGCUCGGUCAGGUUGGAUAGGCAGCUAUUUGCAGGUCUCUCCAGAGAUGUUUGAUCGGGUUCAAGUCAGGGCUCUGUCUGGGCCACUCAAGGACAUUGAGACUUGUCCCGAAGCCACUCCUGCGUUGUCUUGGCUGUGUGCUUAGGGUCGUAGUCCUUUUGGAAGGUGAACCUUCGCCCCAGUCUGAGCGCUCUGGAGCAGGUUUUCAUCAAGGAUCUCUCUGUACUUUGCUACGUUAAUCUUUCCCUCGAUCCUGACUAGUCCCCCAGCCGCUGAAAAACGUACCCCCAGGAUGAUGCUGCCACCACUUUGCUUCACCGUAGGGAUGGUGCCAGGUUUCCUUCAGACGUGACGUUUGGCAUUCAGGCCAAAUAGUUCAAUCUUGGUUUCAUCAGACCAGAGAAUCUUGUUUCUCACGGUCUUAGAAUCCUUUAGGUGCGUCUUGGCAAACUCCAAGCAGGCUGUCGUGCCUUUUACUGUGGAGUGGCUUCCGUCUGGCACUCUACCUUAAAGGCCUGAUUGGUGGAGUGCUGCAGAGAUGGUUGUCCUUCUGGAAGGUUGUCCCAUCUCCAUAGAGGAGCUCUGUCAGUGACCAUCGGGUUCUUGGUCACAUCCCUGAACAAGGCCCUUUUCCCCCGAUUGCUCAGUUUGGCCGGGCAGCCAGCUCUACGAAGAGUCUUGGUGGUUCCAAACUUCUUCUGCUUUUAAGAAUGAUUGAGGCCACUGUGUUCUUGGACCUUCAAUGCAGCAGAAAUGUUUUGGUACCCUUCCCCAUAUCUAUGCCUCGACACAAUCCUGUCUUGGAGUUCUACGGACAAUUCCUUCGACCUCAUGGCUUGGUUUUUGCUCUGAUAUGCUGUGGGACCUUUAUAUAGACCGUUGUAUGCCUUUCCAAAUCAUGUCCAAUCAAUUGAAUUUACCACAGGUGGACUCCAAGUUGUAGAAACAUCUCAAGGAUGAUCAAUGGAAACAGGAUGCACCUGAGCUCAAUUUCGAGUCUCAUAGCAAAGGGUCUGAAUACUUAUGUAAAUAAGGUAUUUCCAUUCUUAGUUGUUGUUUUUUUGCAAAAAUGUCUAAACCUGUUUUCGCUUUGUCAUUGUGGGUUAUUGUGUGUAGAAUGAUGAGGGGGAAACAUUUAUUUAAUCCAUUUUAGAAUAAGGCUGUAACGUAACAAAAUGUGGAAAAAGUCUAGGGGUCUGAAUACUUUCCAAAUGCACUGUAAAUGUUUUGAUAGUAUUCCUUGGUUAUAGAACUGUGCCUGUUUGCUUCUGUCCUGCAUCCAGCCUGCAGGAAUCGAUCCUGACCCAGGUGCAGCGCAUAGUGAAGGGUGAGGUGAGCAUGGCCAUGAAGGAGCAGCAGGCAGCUGUGACCUCCAGCAUCAUGCAGGCCAUGCGCUCUGCUGCAGGCACGCCCAUCCCUACCGCACACCUGGACUACCAGGCCCAGCAGGCCAACAUCCUGCAGCUGCUGCAGCAGGGACAGCUCAACCAGGCCUUCCAACAGGUGAGGGUCCUGCUCCCCGAUGCACCUCCAUAGGCUUGGGCAGUAUACUGUGACAUGUAUAGCGGGGUAUUUGGGGAAAAAACACGGUAUGGUUUUUCAUUACCGUCAAAACUAUUUAAAAACUACGUUUUUCAAGUAAUUUGAAUAUUUGAAGCUACUUUUUAAGUUGAUACCUGCAGUCAACUUGUGCAAUAUGUUAGGAGAUAAAGCAGAUUGCAUUCUUCAUUUCACCUGUCACAUUAUUUUACAUUAUGACGCUUACUGUAGUUCCCCAGAACAGUUGAGCCAGUCACGUGUUUGUUUGUAAAUAGCACAACGGGAGAAAGCAGGAGCUGGUGAGUCCAUAGCGUUCUAUAUGUAUAGGCAAUUCUCUGUUGUGCGGCGCACAUGAGGUGAUGAAGUUACACUUGUAUGCAAUUCACUACUAAAUGUUUGCCAUCAGAUAUCUUAAAAUGGCUUUUUGCCUGAAGUCAAAGAACUCUGGAUGAGUUAUAUGUACAGUUGCAAUUUUUUCCCUACUACCGUUUUUUUCUCCUCCAUUCUUCUCCCCUCUGCUCCGUGUACACAUGCUGCUCUUCCUUCAGAAAAGCAUGCAUCACAACUUUGUUCAUUUGCACAAUUUAUCUCGUUCGCUUGUAAAUGUCCACACUCACCGAAAAUGACAUUUGGUAGCUACUAGCUAUGCUUGUAUAACUUUGAGCUGGAUUUGCCCGUCUUUGCAAUUAGUUAUGUUUGUUUUCGCACGUUAGCAUUUAGCUAACAGCAUCUAUGUGAUUUCGUUGUUAGUUUGUUAUAAUUUUGUUAGUAUUCUGGUAAGAGGCACAAUGGGCUUUUCUUGCCUUUUUAGCGCCCCUUGUGUACUAUGCCGGUAAUACUGUAAAUCCCGGGAUGAGAAAAGGUUGGUACAGUGGGGAAAAAAAGUAUUUAGUCAAAUCAAAUCAAAAUCAAAUUUUAUUGGUCACAUGCGCCGAAUACAACAGGUGCAGACAUUACAGUGAAAUGCUUACUUACAGCCCUUAACCAACAGUGCAUUUAUUUUUAACAAAAAAAGUAAAAAUAAAACAACAACAAAAAAAGUGUUGAGAAAAAAAAAGAGCAGAAGUAAAAUAUAAUAACUGUAGGGAGGCUAUAUAUACAGGGGGGUACCGGUGCAGAGUCAAUGUGCGGGGGCACCGGCUAGUUGUGCCACCAAUGUGCCACCAAUUGUGCAUGUUCUCCCACUUAAAAAGAUGAGAGAGGCCUGUAAUUUUCAUCAUAGGUACACGUCAACUAUGACAGACAAAAUGAGGGAAAAAAAUCCAGAAAAUCACAUUGUAGGAUUUUUUAUGAAUUUAUUUGCAAAUUAUGGUGGAAAAUAAGUAUUUGGUCAAUAACAAAAGUUUCUCAAUACUUUGUUAUAUACCCUUUGUUGGCAAUGACACAGGUCAAACGAUUUCUGUAAGUCUUCACAAGGUUUUCACACACUGUUGCUGGUAUUUUGGCCCAUUCCUCCAUGCAGAUCUCCUCUAGAGCAGUGAUGUUUUGGGGCUGUCGCUGGGCAACACGGACUUUCAACUCCCUCCAAAGAUUUUCUAUGGGGUUGAGAUCUGGAGACUGGCUAGGCCACUCCAGGACCUUGAAAUGCUUCUUACGAAGCCACUCCUUCGUUGCCCGGGCAGUGUGUUUGGGAUCAUUGUCAUGCUGAAAGACCCAGCCACGUUUCAUCUUCAAUGCCCUUGCUGAUGGAAGGAGGUUUUCACUCAAAAUCUCACGAUACAUGGCCCCAUUCAUUCUUUCCUUUACACGGAUCAGUCGUCCUGGUCCCUUUGCAGAAAAACAGCCCCAAAGCAUGAUGUUUCCACCCCCAUGCUUCACAGUAGGUAUGGUGUUCUUUGGAUGCAACUCAGCAUUCUUUGUCCUCCAAACACGACGAGUUGAGUAUUUACCAAAAAGUUAUAUUUUGGUUUCAGCUGACCAUAUGACAUUCUCCCAAUCCUCUUCUGGAUCAUCCAAAUGAACUCUAGCAAACUUCAGACGGGCCUGGACAUGUACUGGCUUAAGCAGGGGGACACGUCUGGCACUGCAGGAUUUGAGUCCCUGGCGGCGUAGUGUGUUACUGAUGGUAGGCUUUGUUACUUUGGUCCCAGCUCUCUGCAGGUCAUUCACUAGGUCCCCACGUGUGGUUCUGGGAUUUUUGCUCAUCGUUCUUGUGAUCAUUUUGACCCCACGGGGUGAGAUCUUGCGUGGAGCCCCAGAUCGAGGGAGAUUAUCAGUGGUCUUGUAUGUCUUCCAUUUCCUAAUAAUUGCUCCCACAGUUGAUUUCUUCAAACCAAGCUGCUUACCUAUUGCAGAUUCAGUCUUCCCAGCCUGGUGCAGGUCUACAGUUUCUGGUGUCCUUUGACAGCUCUUUGGUCUUGGCCAUAGUGGAGUUUGGAGUGUGACUGUUUGAGGAUGUGGACAGGUGUCUUUUAUACUGAUAACAAGUUCAAACAGGUGCCAUUAAUACAGGUAACGAGUGGAGGACAGAGGAGCCUCUUAAAGAAGAAGUUACAGGUCUGUGAGAGCCAGAAAUUUUGCUUGUUUGUAGGUGACCAAAUACUUAUUUUCCACCAUAAUUUGCAAAUAAAUUCCUUAAAAAUCCUACAAUGUGAUUUUCUGGAUUUUCUUUCCUCAUUUCGUCUGUCAUAGUUGACGUGUACCUAUGAUGAAAAUUACAGGCCUCUCUCAUCUUUUUAAGUGGGAGAACUUGCACAAUUGGUGGCUGACUAAAUACUUUUUUCCCCCACUGUAUAUGGAUACCGCCCAAGCACCUACCCAUCCCAUCAGUCUCACAGCCUCUCCAGUCCACUGCAUGGGGGGUGUCAGAGGGCAUCAUUUUAAAAUGUACCUGUGGUGUCUGAUCGUUCUCUUCUCCUCCAACCCCUCUCCCCUGUAGGCCCUGUCAGCCUCUGACCUGAACCUGGUCCUGUAUGUGUGCGAGACCAUCGACUCCCAGCAGGUGUUUGGCCAGCAUCCCUGCCCCCUGAUACAGCCAGUGCUGCUGUCCCUCAUACAGCAGCUGUCCACUAACCUGGCCACACGCUCUGAGCUCAAGAUCAGGUAUGCAUGCGCACCCACAGGAACAUGCCACAACCCACAUAGCUUUUACGCUCAAACUCUUCAUAGACCCCUCUAUGCACCCCUGCUGUAGACACUGGUUUGGUGCUGGAGACACUGGUUUGGUGCUGGAGAUAAUGAGGUUAAUGAGGAGACAAUGAGGUAGAAAAGUGGCAGAGUUGCCCUUUAAAGUUGCACUAUGCUGAAAUCGCUCCGCCCCGCCAUUUCCUGGUUGCUGAAACUCUAAUAGUUCGCCUAAUUUCUGUUUAUGUGACAAAAUAAGAUGGUACAAUUAUUCUCUACACUAUACCAUCUAAACCGCUGUGAAAUAUUUUUCCCAUAACCAAAAAUAUUGUUUCAGCUGGUUGAAGCUGGUGCACAAAAUCGAAAAUACAGUGCAUUCGGAAAGUAUUCAGACCCCUUGACUUUUUCUGCAUUUUGUUACGUUACGGCCUUAUUCUCAAAUGGAUAGAAUCGUUUUUUCCCCCUCAUCAAUCUACACACAAUACCCCAUAAUGAAAAAGCAAAAACACUUUUUUUGAAAUGUUUGCUAAUUUAUUAAAAAUAAAUAAAGGACAUUUGUUUCCAUGUACAUAAGUAUUCAGACCCUUUACUCAGUACUUUGUUGAAGCACCUUUGGCAGCUAUUACAGCCUUGAGUCUUGUGUAUGAUGCUACAAGCUUGGCACACCUGUAUUUGGGGAGUUUCUCCCAUUCUUCUCUGCAGAUCCCCUCAAACUCUUUCAGGUUGGAUGGGGAGUGACGCUGCACAGCUAUUUUCAGGUCUCUCCAGAGAUGUUAGAUCAGGUUCAAGUCCGGGCUCUGGCUGGGCCACUCAAGGACAUUCAGAGACUUAUCCCGAAGCCACUCCUGCGUUGUCUUUGCUAUGUGCAUAGGGUCGUUGUCCUGAUGGAAGGUGAACCGUCACCCCAGUCUGAGUUCCUGAGAGCUCUGGAGAAGGUUUUCAUCAAGGAUCUCUCUGUACUUUGCUCUGUUCAUAUUUCCCUCGAUCCUGACUAGUCUCCCAGUCCCUGCUGCUGAAAAACAUCCCCACAGCAUGAUGCUGCCACCACCAUGCUUCACCGUAGGGAUGGUGCCAGGUUUCCUCCAGACGUGACGCUUGGCAUUCAGGCCAAAGAGUUCAAUCUUGGUUUCAUUAGACCAGAGAAUCUUGUUUCUCAUGGUCGGCGAGUCCUUUAGGUGACUUUUGGCAAACUCCAAGCAGACUGUCAUGUGCUUUUUACUGAGGAGUGGCUUCUCUCUGGCCACUACCAUAAAGGCCUGAUUGGUGGAGUGCUACAGAAAUGGUUGUCCUUCUGGAAGGUUCUCCCAUCUCCACAGAGGAACUCUCGAGCUCUGUCAGUGACCAUCGGGUUCUUGGUCACCUCCCUGGUCAAGGCCCUUCUCCCCCGAUUGCUCAGUUUGGCAGGGGGCCAGCUCUAGGAAGAGUAUUGGUGGUUCCAAACUUCUUCCAUUUAAGAUGAUGGAGGCCACUUUAUUCUUGGGGACCUUCAAUGCAGCAGAAUUGUUUUGGUGCCCUUCCCCAGAUUUGUGCCUCGACACAAUCCUGUCUCGGAGCUCUACGGACAAUUCGACCUCAUGACUUAGUUUUUGCUCUGACAUGCACUGUCAACUGUUGGACCUUUUUAUAUAGACAGGUUAUGUGCCUUUCCAAAUCAUGUCCAAUCAGUUGCAUUUACCACAGGUGGACUCCAAGUUGUAGAAACAUCUCAAGGAUGAUCAAUGCAAACAGGAUGCACCUGUGGUAAAUGCAAUUUUGAGUCUCAUAGCAAAGGGUCUGAAUACUUUUGUAAAUAAGGUAUUUAUCUUUUUUUUUUUUUACAUUUGUAAACGUUUCUAAAAACCUGUUUUUGCUUUGUCAUUUAGACAGUAUUUAAUCAAUUUUAGAAUGAGGCUGUAACGUAACAAAGUGGAAAAAGUCAAAGGGUCUGAAUACUUUCCAAAUGCACUGUGAAAGACGCAAAAACUUAACUUAAGAACGGGAAGCAUAGAAAUAGAUCACAUAGAACAUAUCUACCGCUUCUUAGACUUACUUUCAAGUAAAAUGAUAGAUCUAUAACUCACAUGUCUGUGAAUUAGGCCGGGUCUCCCAAAAAGUUACAUAUUGCCACUUUAAGGCUCGGACACACCAGUAGCGUUUGCCGGCUUAGAGUACUUAGCACCUCUGAACAGAGCGCCGGAUAUAAUUUGCAAACCGAUUCUACAUGUAGAAUCACGCGAAAAUGUCGGCAGUCAGACGUCAGGUGGUCCCUAGUAUACCCCGCCGAACAAACUGCAGAUCAACAUUCGGUGCGGUGUGUGUGGUCCCUUAGUCACAUUUAUCAAACUGCAGCUGUAAUGCUUUAAACCCGUCUGGACCACUUAACAAAUGUGUGUUAUGGGAACAGGAUGGGCCUAUGAAUAUGGGAAUAAUGUCCAGACAAUGCCGUGCCAAGUCCCUUUUUAAUGUUCUUUUAAAAGCUCAAAUGACCAGUCUCAAUCCAGUUUGAAUUGCACCCUAAAAACUAGCAGCCUGAUACUGGCCAGCUGUUGAGAGUUCUACACCAUCUGUGGGACUGAAUCUGUGUGGGUGGUGUGGCUACUGAAGCAUUUGCAUACAGUCCAAUGCCUUAAUGCAUGGUAUGAAUGAUCUUAUGUGACCUCAAAAUUGAUGGACUGUUGCAGUGCAACUGUUUUAAACCAGGUGUGCAAGAUAUCACAGAAGAGAUGUGCUGCUCUUGAAUAUUUCAUAUCUAAUAUCAUGCACAAUUGACAUUGUGUGCAAGGGCUUUUAAGGGCAUAUCAGGUUCAGUAGAGAAGAGACCUGAUAGGGCUGUCUGUUGUUCAAGGUGGGGGGGGGUUUGUUGCUGAAAUUGGAGAGUAAUCGGGCACUUUGACCAUUGGGAGGUUAAUGGCUCUUAAACUCCAAGAUUACCAUUGAGUUAACUGUGCUUAGAGGUUUUAAAUGCAUUGGAUUGGGUCUACAGACGUAAAAUUAGAACAAUCUGAUGUGAUUCAUUUGGGUUAAGCCAUCUGGAUUGGGUUAAGGGUACAGUGCUGCUGGGUGAUCAGGGUCACAACGCUGCAUUUACUGUUUUAUUCAAGCCAUUCAAAUCUUUGCCUUCGGCUGCAAGGUAAUAUGGGUGACUGUCGGUACACGCAAGCCAAUAACACUAUUGGCUUAAAUGGUACAAUUUGAGUCUUCUGAAAGCCCACGGUAAACUUCUCUCUGUCUGUAUCAGUUACUUGGAGGAUGCUGUGAUGAACCUGGACCAUGGUGAUCCGGUGACGAGAGACCACAUGAGUACUGUGCUGUCCCAGGUCCGACAGAAGCUGAUCCAGUUCCUGCAGCAGGACCCACACAGUCCUCUCAGCAAGAGAGCCCGGCGCCUGGUGAUGAUGCUUCAGGGCCUGGUCAAUCACUAGUUCUGUACUUGAUGCCCACUGAUGGAGCCCCUUCUCUUCCUGCUCUGCUCCCAUACAGUUAGAAUAAGGUGCAUUGAGUUUCAUUGAGGUGCUGAGGGGAGCGGCAUUUAGUUAAAGAGAUGUGAAUAAUGGCUCUGAACUUCAUGUACCCUCAGCUCUCUCUGAUGCAUUGUACAUUGCAAUUGAACAUUUUGUGUGUUAUCCUAAUUUUUUAAGUGGAAAAAAAUGGCAAGAGCCGACUGGGUUUUCCCUUUUUGGACUUUUAGAUUGAAGGAUUUUUCUCAGUUUGAAACCCCCUGUUCAUCAUAAGAUCUAUGAACCUUGCCAUUCGCUUAUUUCAGUCCUUUUCCCUGUCAUAGCAGCAAGAGUUUAUUAGAGAGAAAAAAACUAUCCUAAAUGUAGACAGUCGAUAUAGAUGGAUGGGCCCUUUAUGUUCUAUUAUGUUUUCUGUAUGUUCAACCAUUCUGUUAAAUCCAAAGUUCUGACUUUAGUUCAGUAUGGUCUUUUGCUUUGAGGAACUUCUACAGUAGGCUUUGAAUCCGCACUGUUAGUAUUGUAUUAAAGCUCUUUCCGAUAUAUUAGACUGACCAUAUUACUAUGUAAAGAGGACAGGAGUAUGCUUGUGGAGUCUUAGAAACUGAAAUGGUUAUCUACUUGUACAGCUUUAUAGAGUCUAGGUCAACUCUUUUGAUGGAACCUCGAUAAAAUUCACUCAUGCCCCUGAAAAAGGUUUUUCUUUUGUGCCCCUUUUUGUUAUAUACCAACAAUCCUUAACAUUUGUAGGACUAGUAUACUUCCUCAAAUACUUAUUGAAGUAAUUAUGAUCUAUAGUAAAUGCUUCUAACAAAUGACUAUUGUUAUUGAUUAUGGCUCUUUUGCUUUAGGAUACCCAAGUAAUGUUUGUAAACCUGAUGUACUUAUCCUGGUCUCUAGAGGGCAGCCCUUUGUGAAAAUGCAAUCACAUAUUGUUUAGCAUGGUUUCUAUAGCAGCUUACAAAGUCUAGUUGGAAAGUACAACAAAACUGGGGCCCUGGCUUAAUGUUUUUGAAGUUAUAAUUUGUCUUCUAAACAAGUUUAAUUUGUUUUAGCUAGGUACCGACCUUUGACACGCCAAUGUUGGGUUGCAUUAUGAACGUCAACUGCACAAUGCCUGCUCUGCCACUGUGGUCAGUUUGUAACCAUUCAAGUUGCACCGAGUCAAGUGAAUAAGACUUUGUAGGUUUUCCAUCUCAAACCCUUCAUGUGCUACAAAACCUUUAUAGUAAGUGCCUUAUUGUACUUCACUCAAGGGAAUUUGCCCUCCACCACCUUUAGAAGCUGUUGUGCCAUUUGUAAACCAACUAUUUGCCUGACUGUAAAAGAGUGGGUUACUGGGCGUUUACGCACCUCUCAUCAAUGUCUUCUUUUGCAAACAAGGGCUCAAAUGGCACAGCGAGAGAUAAUCUGUGCAUUAGAUAUACAAACAUUAUUUGACAAUAGAGGCUUGCUAGAAUACGUUUUCAAUGCUUGGUUAUGUGAUUCCACUUUACUGAAGGAGUGAUAGGCAAUGUUUAAACCCAUUCUAAACUUGUCUAGCUUAUACCAAAAUGUCAAUCUCUGCUAUUCAUAUCUUGCCGUCUAAUUGCAAGGACAGUUAUUAUUGAUGACGGUCCUGGUGUCAUCUGUUUAAGAUUCCUUUCUUAAACCUAAAACGGAUAAGGUGUCAUAGGGCGGUGUGAGCUAAGCUUGGAGGUGUUUCUUACCAUUCCGUACACUGCACAUUAGUCCUGAGACAUACAUUUACAUUUUAGUCAUUUAGCAGACGCUCUUAUCCAGAGCGACUUACAGGAGCAAUGCUUAUAUAACUAGGCCAGAAUGCUUGUUUUAGUUUUACCAUAGUAGUGGUUGGUGUGAUGAUCACCUUUGGCGGUCCAAUUUAUUUAACAUGACUUGUUGAAAGGUGAUUCCCAACUCCAGUUUUUCUUUACUUCAAUUAUUGAGUUUCAUCAGUGAACACUACACUGAGUGUACAAAACGUUAAGAACACCUUCCUAAUAUUAAGUUGCACACAGAUCAGCCUCAAUUCAUCUGGGCAUGGACUCUACAAGGUGUCGAAAGCAUUCCACAGGGAUGCUGGCCCAUGUUUACUCCAAUGCUUCCCACAGUUGUCAAGUUGGUUGGAUGGCCUUUGGGUGGUGGACCAUUGUUGAUAGACAAACUGUUGAGCAUGAAAACCCCCAACAGUGUUGCAGUUCUUGACACUAACCGGUGUGCCUGGCACCUACUACCAUACCCUGUUCAAAGGCACUCCAAUCUUUUGUCUUGCCCAUUCACCCUAUGAAUGGCAAACAUACACAAUCCAUCUCUCAAAUGCUUAAAAAUCCUUUAACCUGUCUCCUCCCCUUCAGCUACACUGAUUUUGAAGUGGAUUUAACAAGUGGCAACAAUAAGGGAUCAUAGCUUUCACCUGGAUUCACCUGGUCAGUCUGUCAUGGAAAGAGCAGGUGUCCUUAAUGUUUUGUACACUCACUGUAUUGCCAGAUCAUUUUAAGCUGCUGAUUUGAUUGAUAGGCAAAAUGCUAGGCAUGCCUUCAGGGAUGGGUGACAUUUAUGGGGGUGGGGGCCUAAAAAAAAUCUGAACUCAUGAUGGGCUGCAUUUGCUCACGAGUCUGCGUACCCCCCCCCCCCCCCAAAAAAAAAAAUGUUGCAGUUUUAAAGCAAAUUUCAAUGGGGUGGAGAGAAUAUUUUUGCUAUUUUUAAUAUGGUUUCUCAGCAACACAAACAAAAUAAAUGGGGGCCCCGGCUGGUAAAUCGAACAUGAUACACUUACAUAUCUGUCCUUUUAAACUAAUUUAACAAUGUAAAAAAAAUUGUUGCUGACAUGCACUAAUUGAUUGACUAUCAGUGACUGACAUAAGAGUAAAACUGCAGCUGCACAACCAAAUGUCGAAACUGCACCUUGUUUAGUCACGUAUUCUAACUCGCAACGGUAAAUUGAGACCCUAACUGAGUUCCUUUUUGGGGGGGGGAAUUGAUUCGCGGGCCUUCAAAAGUUGCCCAUCCCUGCUCUGGAGGAACCAUGCAUAAAAAGACAAACCACUAUCUUCAAGGUUAUAAGCCAUCUGUUUUAGCAAGCCACAAAGCUGUGUAAAGCAGACAUGAAUGUCGUUUAUUUUUCUCCACAAGGUUGGGAGUUAGAGGACGAAUCUGCCUGUGGUCGGGUAGGUAGACUGUCCAAUCUUUAUUGUACUGAAAGUUACAUGUCUGGAUUACUGGAAACGGACCCUUUUCACUAAGUGUUCGAGUCACUUAAACUAAUGUUCAUCUGGAAUAGCAGUUGUGACCUGAAGUGUAAAAGCAGGAUGGUUUCCAUGCUCUUAGGUAGUUUGACUUUUAUGUUUCAUAUUGAUCAGGGUUAAGCAACAAGAAUCACAUACAUGAAUGUUGAUCGGAAGCUUGCACAUAAACGCAAUACAGUGUAUAUAUUUUUUCGUAGUUUGCAAAAAAUAUUAUCCUGUUGUGCAUGACCAAUUUUGUAAUUUCCAUCGUGUUUUGUUCCCUGUGCUAGGAUUAUGUUGUAUAUUUUACCCUCGUUUCUUUUACCCUAAACA